GACUCCGCCCACCGGCCGGCCUGGUAGUUGCGCGCAUGCGCAGUGCUGGGCCCGCCCCCGCUGCCCGCACGGCUGCCUGGUUCGUGGAGUCGGGGAGGUGACGUCAGGUGCGAGCGUGGCUGCGGCGGCCGGUCUGCGCUGUGUGUGGUACCCGACAUGUCCUCCCUGCACAAGUGCCAGGAGGAAUGGGGCGAGCUGGAGAAGGAGUUCCAGCAGCUGCAGGUAAGGCCGGCUCCUCCUCGGGCAGCUCGGGGUCAGACUAAAGUUGGGAGAAACAAUGAGUGUCCCCCGGCCAGUGCUGUGUGUGUGUGAACAGUGUGUGAACAGUGUGUGAACAGUGUGUGUACAGUGUGUGUACAGUGUGUGUGUGUACAGUGUGUGUACAGUGUGUGUGUGUGUGUACAGUGUGUGUGUGUGCUCUGUGUGUGUGUACAUGGCAGCAAUGACUGCCCUAUACAUGUAUCAGCCAAUAAUGAGAACACACAGUAUACACAUUACCUGACCUGCAGGGACACUCACAUAUGACAGGGUGUAUUCCUGGCCCUUCAGGGAUCCAGCAAUAUGACACAUCAUCUUUGGUUUUUUUUUGUUUCCAAUGUGUAUCCAAUGGGCCAUUGUGUGCAUUAGGCACAUAUAUCAUGCAGCUCAAUGGCACUUACAGGGUAAUGUGUGUAGUUCUGUCCCUCGCUUUUAUUAUUGUUAUAUUUAUACACCAUGCUUAAAAAUCCUUAUCGUUUUAUUUUGAUGGAAGUAUCCUUUUCAUUUCUAUUGUAACCGUUUAUGUACUAAAGAUAUUGCGGAGCACAUAUAUUGUGCAACAAUGUGGCACACACAGGGUUUAUUUGUGUGUUUGUUAUUAACUAAAGCUUUACAUGUCAGUCUCUUACAGUUUAAAAAAAAUAAAUGUUGCAGGGAUACCUAUAUUCACUGCAAUGUGGAGCUGCUUUACCUGAAAGUAACACACAUAUUAUUAUUAUUAUUAUUAUUUUUAUUAUUAUUAUUAUAUAUAUAUAUAUAUAUAUAUAUAUAUAUAUAUAUAUAUAUAUAUAUAUAUACACACACACACAUACUGCAAUACUCUGGUACACAUACAAGCUUAAUACAUUGUAAACCUAUAGACUGUAAACUCGUUUGAGUAGGGUCCUCUUAAAGGGACACUCCGGGCACACAGACCACUUCUACAUUGGACUGGUCUGGGUGCCAACUCCCACUACCCUUAACCCUGCAACUGUAAUUAUUGCAGUUUUUUAUAAACUGCAAUAAUUACCUUGCAGGGUUAACUCCUCCUCUAGUGGCUGUCUACUAGACAGCCACUAAAGGGCACUUCUGUGUCUAUAGCACAGAAAACCUGUGCUAUAGCGUCGGUGAACGUCCUCACGCUGUGUAAGGACCUCCAGCGUCGCUCAAUUCCCCAUCGGAAAGCAUUUUCAAAGCAUGUGCAUUAGGUCUCCCCGGCCGGCAGGAUCAGUCUCGCCCACCGACCUGAAAACCACCGCCGAGGGACAUCAGUGGGGGUCUCAGGUAAGUGUCUGAAGGGGUUUUCACCCCUUCAGCAACCGGAGGUGGGAGGGAGAGGGGACUUAGAGUGCCAGGAAAAUGGAUUGUUUUCCUGGCAGUGGAGUGUCCCUUUAAACCUAUGGUUCCUGUAAGUUUCUUGUAAUUGUCCUCUUUAUAGUUAAAUCCCCCCUCUUAUAAUAUUGUAGAGUGCUAUGGGAUUUGAUGGCGCUAUAUAAAUGGCAAUAAUAAUAUAUGUGCAAUUGUUUGCUACCUUCAGGCAUUUCUAUUUAUUUCCGCUAGUGUACAAGAGGUUAAUUUUGUCUAUUUUCAAGUUUCAGAAUGUUUUUAUUUAACUUCUGAUAAAAUACCAUACAAAGUAUUACAACUUUAGCAUGCCCAUAUAUUUUUUUUUUAUCUGUUUGCAUUCAGGUUGUCUAUAACCUGAAAAUAAAUUCUAAUUACCUGGCUUAUGGGUAAUAAGAAAGAACAGAAUUAAAAACAGCAGCUGUGAUUAUGAAUCCCUUCAAGCUCAGGCAGCCUUGAAAGUGCAUAUCCUUAAGACUAAGAUUAAUGGACUCACAUUGAUCUGUCACACUGUGCAAUACAGGAUAUGUGAGGCGGUGGGGGGAGGAGAUGCACUCUUAAGGAUUAAAGCCUGUGGGAGACACAGGAAUGGUGAUCAAUGAGUUGGGUUUGGUGAGAAAUACUCAAUUAAAAAAACUUUAGUAUUUAUGUUUUACCAAAAAUCUAUUCACUUACCCAAAUGUGGUGUUAAGAAAGUGAUCAGAAGGAACCUAGAAGUUUAGUCAUAUAAUAUGUUAUAUUGAAAUUCUCAUCAGGUACUGUCUGCAAAGAUCACAGAAGUGACAGUGCCACGUUAAAGUGAACCUGUAAUGAAAACAAUGAACUUACCUGAAAUUGCCCCCAUAUACUUUGAAUACAGCAUAUAUCUCAAUAAUUCAUGACGUAUUUAAUGUAAAACAUAAAGAUUUACUCACUUCUCCUUUGUGUAACCCCUACCUUCUGUCCGACCUCCACUCCUUAAGCAGUCUUCUAUGAUUUGCCCUGCUUGUUGCAGCGUUAAAUCCAAUUUUUAGUGACUGUCAAUAUGAAAGCUACUAGAGGCGCUUUCACUGCACUAACCGAGGUAGCCCCUAGAGGAAAGCAUUGAUUAAAUGCUUUCCAACGUGGAAGUUUGAAUGCGAGCCCCGCACUCAUGUUUUAGGUCAACCCAUGCUCUUCUCAGGGCAUUGGUUGCGACAAUGGUGGUGGAGGCCAUGCCUCUUCCUUGAUGUAGCGUCUCUGGAAAAGGUAAGUACAUAUUAUUUUAAAGCACUCUGGAGCAGGCUGGGGCUGAAUAAAAGUAGGGACAGGGACACUAUAGCAUUACUAAUACAGAUUUGUAUUCCGAACGCUGUAGUGUUCUGUUAAGGGACUGUAGAAUGAAAAGCAUUGCACACUGUCUAAACCAAUAUUUCAGAUAAUUUCUUGCAACCCUUUGUGGGGAGAGAAUCCAGUUGAGUGAACACAAUGUUACAAUCACAUUACUUUUGGGUUUGAAAAUAUGCUGGUAAAAUUGGAUUAAAAUAUUUUAAAGGUCACUUAAUUGUAAUAAAGUUGUUAUGUAAGAUACUAGAGUAUCUUACAGUGUACAGAGGAAUAUAGAAACCAAGUACCAAACAUUACCACAUUUGGUCACCAAUGCACUGGCAUUAAGGCAAUGAACCCAGCCUUUUGGUAUCACUGGGAAGAACACCCCAAUUGGGGGUAAUGGCUCCUGGCAGGGCUAAUCGUGUGGUGGGUGUUAAAUUAAUGUAAUACUUGUGUACCAUGCAUGAAAGUAUAUCGCCCUUUGAUAGGAGGUGAGUAUUUUGGCAUCUAAAACAAUUGAAGAAAUAUCUUCAUGCAAAAUGAUGGACCACUCCACAUCCAUAAAGCAUUUCAGCUUGCUCAAGUGCUUUAUGGGUAAGGAGUAUUUCAUUUUAAUGGCACAUGAUACAAUUGCCUAUUUCCUUAAGAAGUAGGCCCUUUUAUAACUCAAUAGGUAAACCCUUCCCUAGUUGUCAAACAGCCGGGCAGAUUCUCUUCCUCUGUGCUGUGGAAAAGGGGAGUUCUGCAGUGAGAAGAUCUGUAGCUUUUGUAAACUGAUUUUUAGAUACAUCCCUAAUAAUAACAUGCAUGUUUUCAUUGGAUUCUAUUAACAAAGUAUUCAUUAUAACAUUUGAAUGUUUCUUUAAGGAAAUGUUAGUUUUUAAUGUGAACCUCAGGAAAGGUUUACUUUAACUGUAUUUUAUCUCUGUGCUGGCUCUGGCCCAACUUAUCUCACUUCUGUCAACUUUUGGUUGAGGUGAAAAAAUUGGAACUCUGCCAGCUGUCUGUGUUCGUGAUAUGUACUGCAAUAACCAUGACCUUUUAAUUCUUUGUAUGAAGUUCUCUGAUAAUUGUGUAAGCCUAUUUAAUGUGUUUAAAAUAUUCUCUGUAGACACCUUUUAUGUUGCACCGUUCCAAUCUAUAAUGAAUGCAGCGGCAAGGCUAAUUUUCCUGUCCGCUCGCACCUUCCACGCCUCCCCGCUCUGUCAGUCCCUGCAUUGGCUCCCAGUUAGGUAUAGUCCUCAAUUUAAAAUUCUGGUGCUUGCUUACAAGUCCCUAUAUAAUGCUGCGCCAACCUACCAAUCUCCCCUAAUACACAAGUAUGUCCCGUCGAGGCCCCUACGCUCUGCCAAAGACCUACGUAUAUCCUCUGUCCGUACUCCCACCUCUAACGCUCGCCUCCAAGACUUUUCCAGGGCUGUACCUCCUCUGUGGAACUCCCUUCCCUCCUCCAUAAGAACUUCACCCAGUCUCCACUCAUUCAAAAAAUCAUUGAAAACUCACUUCUUCAAGAAAGCAUAUCAAUUAAACUGUUAGCAGGUUUUCACCCCCACCCUCCAUGACUCCUCUCCUGCAACUGUCAAAAAUUACCUAUUAAGCUCUCAGCGAAUACUUUUCUAAGAACUUACUUCGUACCCCUACUUUUACCCUUUGUGUCACUAUACCCCGCUCCCUCUAGAAUGUAAGCUCAUUGAGCAGGGCCCUCUACCCCUCUGUUCCUAUACGUCCAGUUGUCUGGUUACAAUUAAACGUCUGUUAGUCCACCCUUUGUACAGCGCUACGGAAUCUGAUGGCGCUAUAAUAAUAAUAAUAAUAAUAAUAAUGAGAACAUUCAUAAAAAUGAUUUGCAUUUCUUAAAGGAACGCUCCAAAAAAAGGGGGUGGGAGUGACUAUUUUCUAGAUAUACACCCAAUGAAAGCAUGCAGGUGGAAGUGCCAUCAGGGCACAAAACACAUGCCCCUUCCUCCCACGUUUUAAUACUUUCUAUGAAUUAAUCUUGUUCUACCACUAGCUGUCAAUCAGACAACCAAUCCUGUUCAUGGAUUGGUUAGUUCAGGGGAGCUAAACUCGAGGCAUUCAACUGCUCAGAGCCACCGCCUUGCAAAGACUUCUCAUUGAGCUGCAUUGGAAAGUCUGUGAUUGGAUAGCCACAGGAAAUCUAGGCAGUGUUAAAAGGGGAGGUCUUGCAAAGGCUACAGACAAGAGAACUACAGGUUUUGCAAGCUGUUUUUUUAGAUAUACCCACAAUGACAGAAUGCAAACCCAACUGCAUGCAUAUUUUAAGUGAUUUUCUUUAAUUUAAAAAAACCUCCUGUACAUAAAUACACAGUAUAACAUUUUAAAAAUGCUAUCUCAGGUGUGAUGAAAAUUGCCAGAUUUUACUAUAAACAUGACGUAAAGUCAUGAUUUUAUUAAUGACACGGAGGCGAGUAUUAUGCAUUCUCUUUCUUUAUUAUACUCCCAGCAGCAAGAAAACGAAGUUUGAGAGAAUCAUAGAAAAAACAUAACAGCCUGGCCACAGUGGCACCAAUCAGCAUCCAGUAUUAUCCAUAUGGGUGUGGUGCUCCUUGACUCCUCCUCUUUCUGAGUAGAUCCCGAAGACCAUACUGUAAUAUUGUAAAUUCCAAGGCAUUCCAACAAGAAAAUACGAAUUCCCGAAACAAAACCAUAACUGGGGAUUCCACAUUGAACAGCCAACUCUCAAGGUGUAUUCAAGCUAAAAAAGAAGAAAUAUAUGGUAAUAUCUGAUCUCAAAACUGCUAUUCCGUAAUUAUCGAACUCGUCAACCAAUUAUUCAAUCAAUGUAAUAUUAUCAAACUCAUCAACCAUGUUAUUAAUUCCAAAUAAGUAUCAUACCAUUCAUAGAAUACCUACUCACCUGUGUGCCGUGUAUGACAUCGUACCUACCGUAUUAUGUCCUCAAAGAGGCUCCAUGACUUGCCUGCAACUUAAUCACCACCCUGGGUAGGGUGGGUGGGAAUAAUACUCGCCUCCGUGUCAUUAAUAAAAUCAUGACUUUACGUCAUGUUAAUAGUAAAAUCUGGUAAUUUUAUUAUAGACACCGAAGCUCCUAUUAUGCUAUUUUAAAGCUGAGCAACCACCAAACUGGAAAUAUGUUGCACUUGCACUGGACGAAAAUAGAAAUUACGAAAUGUAGAUUCAUUCGACCAGUCGGCUGCUCGUAGGAUAUCUUCCAAUCUACAACCUAUCAAGGAAGCCUUAGAAGCCAUAGCCCCGCGAAUGGAGUGUGCGGAAAAAACUGAAGUGCCUAUGCCUGCCAUGGAUAACAACCAUUUGAUCCAACGAGCUAAAGUAGGAGUAGAUACUGGUAGGUGAGGUACUUUGAAUGAGAUGAAUAAUGGAUAGGUUUGAUCUGAACGGAGCGAGCUUGUACGGCGCUUUUUUCAUAGGAGCUGAUAUGGGAUCCACUAAUUGUCCCAUGCACCAAUCAGUCCACUUCCUCCAAGCCGAUCCGUAGGAACGUCUGGUACCUGGUGCCCAUGACUCUGCCAAGAGACUGAGUGUUGUCUGUGAAACCUCCUCGAGAUUCCAUGAUCCUCUGAAAUGAGCCAUGCCAUCAGAUGAAGUAGACCCUGGUCGGCCAGUUUGUCCAUUUCCCUCCGGGUUGGUCAGGAGGUAGGGUAUGUCCGGCAACAGCCGUGGAAGAUCUAUUGACAUUUCUAAUAACUGGGGAAACCAAGGUUGUGACCUCCAUAACGGGGUUAUCAGAGCUAGAGUCACCCUGGAAUAUCAAAGGACUGCCAGGGUCCGAGAGAGAUUAGGUUGAAAGGUGGAAAAGCGUAAUUCCUGCCGUUGGUCCAGUCUUGCAAGAAUGCAUCUGUCGCCGGAGCAUCUGCGUCCGGUCUCCAACUGAAGAACCUAGGAAGUUUGGUGUUCAGUCGAGACGCGAAGAGGUUUAAAUUGAAAGGCCCCCAGAGAGGCGCUGGAAGAUCAUUGGGUGGAGACGCCAAUCUCCUGCGUCUCAAAGUUAUCGAGAAUUCCAAUCCGCUAGUGUAUUGUCUCGUCCUGGGAUGUAUUCUGCUAUAACCGAAAUGCUGUGUUUCAGGCAAUAAUGCCAAAAAUCUCGAGCCAUCAGUGCAAGAACCCUCGACUUCGUCCCUGCUAGGUGGUUGAUAUAACGCACCGCUGAAACGUUGUCCAUCUUUAUUAGGAUAGAGCAUGAGAUGGGGGGUCAUGCUGUGAAUGACAAAGGAUGCCGCUAACAGUUCUAGGCAGUUGAUGUGUAACAACGUUUCUUCGUUGGACCAUCUGCCACCGGUGGAAACUGACCUGCAAUGCGCGCCUCAGCCGUGUAAGCUGGCGUCUGACUCUAUGACCAGAUCUGGUGUCGACCCAAAUAUUGCUCUUCCAUUCCAUGCCUCCAUGUGGGCUAGCCACCAUGUCAACUCCUCUCUGGAAUCCUCAUCCAGUGUAACACUGGUUUCGUACCAGUGUCCGGAGCGCAGGUAUGAGGCUUUGAGCCUUUGUAGGGCACGGUAAUGCAACGGCUCCGGGAAGAUCGCCUGUAUGGAUGAUGCCAAUAGCCCUAUGAUCCUCACAAGUUGUCGGAGGGAAAUGGUCGUACGAUGCAUAAGUCGUCUGAUCUUUCUUAAUCAAAAUCAUUUUGUCUUUGGGUAGACACAACCUCUGUUGAACAGAGUCCACUUGAAAUCCCAGAAACUCCAUGCAUCUGGAGGGUUGAAGAGCUGAUUUCUCCAAUUCACCAAGAAUCCUAAGUUUUGAAGAAGGUGGGUCGUCCAGGACAGGUGAAUACGUAGUUGGGAUUGACACUGGGACAGAAGAAGGAUAUUGUCUAGGUAAAUUAUUAAUCUGACCCCUCGUGUGCGCAGGAAGGCAAUCACUGGCUUCAGUACCUUUAUGAAGCACCAUGGAGCAGAGGACAGGCCAAAUGGUAGACAUACAAACCUCCACCUCAUUCCUUGCCACUGAAAUUGCAGUAGGUUUUGGUGCGCUUCCGCGAUAGGGAUUGUCAGAUAAGCAUCUCGUAAAUCUAUUUUGACCAUCCAAUCUGAUGGCAGGAGGAUGUCCCAAAGGCAGUGAAUACCCUCCAUUUUGAAAUGAUUGUACUGGAUAAACGCAUUUAGGGGAGAUUGAUUAAUGGGCGAAUCCCGCCCCCUUUCUUGGGGACCAGAAACAGGUUGCUCACGAACCCUUCUGUGUCCCAUGGGAUUUACAUAACAGGAAAAAAUAGCAUUUUUUUGACGCCAACUCUGCGACCUCUGCCGAGAUCAUUGUGUUAUGUUUGUUGGACAUAUUCAGUUCCCAAGGGAACCGCGUCUGAAUUGGGUGAGAGGUUAUCUCCUAUAGGUACCCUUGUUUUGUAUUUUAUACCCAAACAUCUGAGGUUAAAAUUUUCCAAGCAUGGUGAUACAAUGCCAGUCUGCCACCCACUUUUACAUGGGGAAAAAAGGAGAUACUCGGUACUCACCAUAAGGUCAUCUGCCUGAAACGGCCCCCCGCGGUCCGCGGGAAUUCCAGGGGUGUCCCUGAGAUGGGAAGAACGGGGUAUAGUUUUGCUCCAGUACCGGUCUCUGGGUAUAAUAGGAGCCUCUGCAGUCUCUAACUGAGCCUCGAAUCCACGGCCCCUCCAAAAACCCGAGGUGCAAAUACUCUCUUAAGAGAAGUCUGAGCUUUAUCAAUUGUUGUAAAUGUUUUUUUUUUUUUUUUUUUUUAAAUUCUUUAUUUAUAGAGUGCAAGAAAUAACAUAGUGUUCAGUAAGCCACAACAGCCUCUGUACACAGAGUGAUAACAAGUCAUAUAAAACAGAGUUAUGGCAUUUGUAUAUAUCGCACAUUUUUUAGAUUUUAUAGUAUGCUUAACUUACAAGCUAAAUAGUAAAUGGCUGGAGCUACUGUUAAGGGAAAGUGGCUGAGCUUUGUGUAUACAUAGGCAUGUUGCUAAUCAUUUUAAAGUAAUACAGUAAAUAAAGCAUGAGGGAAUGCAUAUAGCUAACAGCUAAUAAAGACUUGCUGCAAUUGUGCCACUAGGUCCCAGUCGCAAGCUUCUUGGUUAGAAGUAGCUCCGUUUUUAAUAAUAAAACAUAAGCAGAGACAUAAUAAUAAAAAGGACACAAGAACAAAAACAAAAUACCCCUGGUUGAGAAUAAGCUGGGGCACAUAUAUGGCCUGAGUCCUUGUGGCUGACAGGUAGCAGUGUGCUGUUAGUUCAGCCUAUGCCCGAUAAGUAAUGUCCAGACUGCCAAGAAGAGUGUGAGCUCCCUUUCACCGUCUUAUAUAUCUGUCGUCAGUGUUGUGUCUUGUAUAUGCGUGCGCUGUGUAGCUGUGGUGUACCUGGUCCGGGCUGUAAUCUGGAGCCGUCGUUGGCUGGGUGUGAGACGGGUGGCUUUGUCUUUCUGCCUCUUAGAUCUGUCCGGACGGUGUUGGCGAUGCGGUGGGCAGUUGAUGUCUGCAGGCUUUCAUUCCGGUUGUGGAGCUUUGUUUGUUGUGGGCCGCGAUGACCCUGUCGGGUGGAGGGUGGUCCGCACGAGCCUCCCACAGGAGUCUUUGGCGCCUUUGCUCCAUUAUUGUGUGUUGUCUUGGGGCGGUCCAUGUCCGUCCGUCGCUUCCACCACCGGGCCACAGUACCCUGCACCCGCUCUUUCAGUGGCAACGCUUUGCUUGGAUGCUUUUCAUGUUUGCGGGGGGGUGUGUGGCGGCGUGCUGCCGUUGUGGCUGGUUUCUGUACCGGUUGCGAGCUUCUCUCCCGCAUUCGUUCCCAGAAUCUCAGGCAAACAGCAUCGAAUUUCGCAUUGAAGGCUGCUGCCCAUUCUUCAUUAGUCUGCUGCAUCAGUUUAGCGGCUGCACAGUCGGCCAUAUUAGCUGGGCCUUGUGGGUUUGCCUGAACGGCGUUGUGUCGUGAUGUGUCCCAGAGGUGGGUGCUCUUAGGGCGCUGGUGGACCGGGAUGACCCCCACCGGUCCAGAGGGGGGGGACAGGUGCCCUUCUUCACUAGGGGCUUCUUUCGUGGGGGGGGAGAGCGGCCGUCUCUCCUGCUCCCGCCUUUCGAGUAGGCCUCAGUUACUUGUUCUGCAAAUAUUGCUCGGUUCGUCGCUUGAUGGGUAUCUUUGUGCUCAGAUAUUUGUCCCCUUUCAAUUGCUGGCUUUGUUGGGCCGGUUGGUCGCCGUUUGGGUCGUGUAAAGCGGCUUUUCAUGCGGGCUAUAGCAGGAGCCCUUGAGGAUGUCGACCGCUCGGCUUUGCAGUCAGGCCCCGCCCCCCUGUUGUAAAUGUUUUUACGUACAGCCCAAGAUCCUUAAUAAAGGAUUCACCAAAAAGUAAGCGGCUGGGCCCGGCUCAUUGGUCGCCAUACUGACUAGUUUAGGCUCUAUUUUCAGGAGAAUCGCCUUGCGGCGUUCGGUUGCCAUGGCCGUAUUGGUGUUGCCCACCAUGCAGACUAACCUCUGCAACCAGCCUUUCGCUACUUCAAAAUCAAAUUUGUUUUCGCCUGAUUGGGCGGAUUCCACUAAUUCAUAUAGCUUAGAGAUGGGCCCCAUAGUGUCCAGGAAUUUGUCCUGGCAGUUCCGAAGAGAAAAGUCUAAGCCUUUCCUUGGUUUCCAACCAGAUUUCUUUAAGAAUUGGACCAAUUGGGGGUCCACUUCAGGUGUUUUUCCCACUGAGUCUGGGAGGAUGGGCUGUGGGCAUUCCGCCCAUAGCUUGUUAUGCCCUUCUUUGGAUAAAGGCUUGCGCACGCUAAGUGCAAGGUACUUCGCGAUGUGCGCAGGCGGCUCCCAUUCUGCUGAGCGAGGGUGACGGAGGUCAUCUGGGUCAAAUAAUGGGUUACCCAGCGGGACCCGCAAAUCGUCGCCCUCGCCCGAUUCAGCAGGCUUAGCCAAUUACCCAAGUCUAACUUAGUGGCAAAAUAUUGGGCCCAAUAAAGUAAUGCUAAUAAUAAUAGCUGGCUGAUUCAGGAGGAAACAGUGUCAGAAUUAACAUGUUAGGGGAAUAAUACUAACAAAGGUAAAGAACAGAACAAAGGGUGUCAGGAUAGAGUAAUCCUCCACACCCACACUUACGGUUUGAUCGACAAAUAAUAACAGACAGCAAAGGUAGCUCAGUAUGGGUCUAGGAGUGCGCCAGGUGGGUAGGAGAAAACCGCUGUAAGCCUGAGGAAUCGCUACGCAUCAGAUUCCCGCCGAAACUGCAUUUAAAAUGGCCGCCGCGAGUGAAAGUUACAUUUGCAGCGACGGAAACCAAAAAGAUGGCCACCGCGCCACGAACUGCGCAUGCCUGGCCGAUAUGGAAUGGAAACCAGUAACUAGGCGAUCGCGCAUGCGCAGCCGCCCGAAAAUCGCGGAUAAACCGCAGGCACAAAACGGAGGUAAGCUCAAGAAUACCGGCUGAACCAAAUUAAAACCGCACAACAGGGAAAUCAGGGGAACUCUACCCUGAGGUGAGAACCGGGGAGGGGAAAACCGAGGUUUCAGAGACCCCAAUAGGCAGCACUCCUAGACACCAGAAGGUUAAAAACAGCAGUAACACAAGCAUGAACUGAGCAUAAAUGUACAUAAUCCUUAAAUCUUUAAUCAAAUACAAAUAAAUGCAUGAGAAAUCACAGUAGUAGCAAGAGAUGAGGUACUUAACUUGUCUGAGGGAGCAGCAAGAAUGAGGAGGAGUCAAGGAGCACCACACCCAUAUGGAUAGUACUGGAUGCUGAUUGGUGCCACUGUUACCAGGCUCUUAUGUUUUUUCUAUGAUUCUCUCAUACUUCCUUUUCUUGCUGCUGGGAGUAUAAUAAAGAAAGAGAAUUCAUAAUAAGAGCCUCCGUGUCUUUAAUAAAAUUGUGAGUUUCAAAGCAAGGGACUAUUGUCAGAACAUGCAGACUGAGUAACAUAGAGGAGAGAGAUCAAGGUUACAGAUAACAAUGAAAUGUUAUUUGCAGAGUUCCAGCUGUAAAUAUAGCACAUGUACAGCAAUGUUUUGAGAACUGGGAAUACAGAUCUGUUUAGACAACAUAUACCCUAAAAUCUUGUUUAUCUGGUUAGUUUACCCCCAGGCAAGUCAUGCUUUGUAAACCAAAUCUAUACUUUAAAGUUGAAAUAUCUAGUUGGAAACAGGACUGAUUCUAAGGAUAUUGCCUCAAGUAAUACCAUGCAUGCGAGAAAUGAGUACAUCUGCUGCUGCUGCUACAAUGUGUGGCUUUAUAGAAAUUGUUGUAAAUAAAAUAAGCCACAAGAGCGCCAUACAAUGUAUACAGAUUGUAGCUACUUUCAUUCUCUUGCAACCUUUUUGCAUGGAAUAUUACAUGCAUGGGAUUAGUUUGACACAUGUUCUGAGUGUAAAGGAACACUACCAGUCACUCCACCUCAGUCAAGUUGUUGUAAGGCAUCCAGUGCCCCUGUGGCAUUUUAUCUUCUUGGCUUAAACCAUUGUUGACAGCGGUCUAACCCACAAGUGGGCUUUGGAUAGCCCACUCUGUGCUGGCAACCGAUGAACUGCUGUGAGCAAGAGUUGAUAUUUUCAGGCUAUCACUGGCUGUCCAUUGCUAGUAAAAGUAGAUAUUACUAGCAAAUGCUGGUCUGUGGUCCUUUGAUUUUAAAUUGCAGUGACCCGUUCUUUAGCUGUUAAAACAUGAAAAUUAACUCUGCAAAAUUGCGUCAUUAGACUGUUCCCAGAGUUAUAUUGUUCUACAUUGAACUUAGGUCUCAGGGCUGCCACAAUACUAACUUUGAGGGCAGUUGCAAUAGGCCUAAUAAGUAUCUGUUCCAGACAUUGGGCAACCACUAGCUUAUGCUUGUUUGUGUAUAGUGUAUUGUUUAAUUAGAAUUUCUUUAAAUUACCUGUUAUGUAUUUCUUUUCUUUUUUUGUGCUUAUAGGAAACACACAAAGUGUACAAACAGAAAUUAGAAGAACUAAACAGCCUACAAAGUGUCUGUAGCAGUUACAUUAGUAAACACAAGAGGCGCCUGGCUGAUCUGAAAAGCAAUCUUCACAGGUAAGGUUCAUGCACAUCAUUGGUGCUUAUGAAACACUAUCCAAUUGCUCUCCAGUUUUUAAAGGAACAUUGUAGGGUCAGUUAAAAUACUAUUUAGAUUCCUAGCCCCCUUAACCUCCUUAAAUAAGUUGCAAAUUUACCUUUAUUCCAGUGCUGCACAGGUCUGCCAUCGCUGGCCCUGACCCUGAUCCGCCUCCUUGACUAAGAUCAUUAGUAUGGAUGAUCUCAACCAAUCCAAUGCUUUCCUAUGGGAUCUCAGCCAAGGAGGCGAGGCCGGGGGUGAAGCCAAACACCUCCCUGGCCAAUCAGCUUUUACUUAGAGAUGCAUUGAAUCAAUGCUCUCUAAAGAGAAAGUUCAGAUUCUCCAUGCUCUGCAUGGAAACGCUGCACAUUGUGCAGCACUGACCAAGGAAGCCCCUCUAGGGGCCGUCUGAGUGACUGUCACUGGAGGUGUCCCUAGGCAGCAAUGUAAACACUACAUUUUCUCUGUUUUGGUGACUAUAGUGUCCCUUUAAGUGGAGAUUCCCUUCCCCAGGUACCAUAUCUUUAUCCCUGAGAUGGGGAUCUGUGAAUAUGGGGGAUAAAUAAAGAAGGCUGGAUAAAGGAAAUAAUUAUGUUUUUUUAUUUUUUUUAUUUCUGUGACUCAAAUGAUAGAAUCAUGCUGUAUGCAUAUAGGUUUUGUAGCAAAUUCAUUAAGAAACCUCAGGUUGUUUUGGGAGAUGGAGUCAUUUUUUAAUUUAUUUUUAAGCAUAUUUCACUGAAAUAUCUCCACAGGCUCUUUCUGUGGAAAAUGGAAGGGUAUCCAUGAGGAUUUAAUAUUGGAGACAGAUAGCUAGUUAUGGAGAAGGUAUAGUGGAGAGAGUAACCUUUAGCAUUGAGUGCUUUUGCACACCUGCACACUGCUGUGCUAUACUGUGAGGUUUAAAGAGCUAUGGUAAUCAUUAGAUAAAAGUCUGGAAAUGAAAUGCUAUACAGUUUGGUUUUUUUUUACUCAAGGUCCCAACUGUAAAUCAAAGGGUAGUUUUUAUUUAAAGGGACACUGCUGUCACCAAAACAACUUUAGCUUAAUGAAGCAGUUUUGGUGUAUAGAUUAUGCCCCUGCAGUUUCGCUACUCAAUUCUCUGCCAUUUAGGAGUUGAAUCACUUUUGUUAAUAGAGCCCUAGCCAUUCCCCUUGAAUGUGACUUGCACAGCCUCCCUAAACACUUCCUGUAAAGACAUCUAAUGUUUAUACUUCCUUUAUGCAAAUUAUGUUUACUUUAGAAUUUCUUAUCUCCUACUCUAUUAAUAGCUGGCUAGACUCUGCAGGAGUCUCCUAUAUAUGAUUAGAGUUACAUUUACAGAGCUAAACUUUGACAGACUUUGUCAGUCACAGCCAGCGAAGGUGUGGUUAGGCUGCAUACAUAGAAACAAAGAUGAUUUAACUCCUGAAUGGCAGAAAAUUGUGCAAUGAGAAUUCAGAGGCAUGUUCUAUAGACUAAAACUGCUUUAUUAAACUAAAGUUGUUUUGGUGACUAUAGUGUCACUUUAAUAUGUAUUUUAUACAUAGAUACAUUUAUCUGCAGUUAGACGCGGUAGACUAAUCCAGGUGAUUGAGGGGCAUAACCGGUGGUGGAGGCAUCAAUCAGGUCAUCUGAGCUCACAGACUGAUGCAUUGCUACUACUAGGCAAAAAAUACAUUCAUUAUUAUUAUUGCAUGGUGCCAUUAUUGGCACUUACUGUCUACUUGGCUCUGUUAUUGAGUGAAUUGAAGGGAAAUUCAGUUAGUAGAGCCAAAAUAGAAUCCUUGAUUUGUUUUAAUAUUUUGUUUUUAAUGUAUUUAUUUGUAUUUAAAUGUAUGUAAAUAAAAUAAUUUGGCUAUCUAUUGUAAAAUUUCUCUUUGCAUGCUACUGCAUGAGCAGGAUCAUUAAGUUAUUGCCAUGAGCGUUUCAUUGUUUUUUUUUUUUCUCUCUAAAGGACAACAUGGAUUCAUUUUUGAGCUAUAUUAUCGUUCAUAUUAUUAUUAUUAUUAUUAUUAUUAUUAUUAUUAUUAUUUACCUGUAAUAGCUAACUGAAGCAACAUAACAAAUUUGAUUCCUAUUUAGAGUAAGUUUGUUUAAGACCUUUCCAGCUAAAACUGUUUUAUCCUCUUGGGAAUGUGCUUUACAAGUACAUACAUGUAGCAAAGUAAAUUACAAGUUAUGAGAGGUCAUACCUGCUAUUUUCCAGAUACAUUUCUGAAUAUCUUUAAAACAGACAAUUAUCUUGUUUACAAAUCAUUAUUGCCAUUGCAUCUCAACAUAUGUAAGGAAUUUCCUGAUCAAGAGCAAUGGAAAGAAACCGCUAGAAGUUUUCCUUGAAGUAUUAAAGGGACACUAUAGACACCACAACAGAAACAGCUUAAUGUAGUUCUGGUGAGUAUAAUCAUUGCCUUUAGGCAUUUUCAUGCAAACACUGUCUUUUCAGGGAAAAGGCAGUGUUUACAUUGCUCCUAGAGUCACCUCCAAGUGGCUACUCCUCAGAUGGUCACUGGAGAUGCUUCCUGGAUUAGGGCUGCACAGUAGGCAGCACUGCCCUUCACCGUCUCCACGCUCUGCAGGGAGACGCAGAAUUUGCCUCACAGAUAUGCAUUCAUUCAAUGCAUCUCUAUGAACAAGUGCUGAUUGGCCAAAACGGCGUACCUAUGAAUCAGUGAAGAAAGUAAGAGUGGGUAGAGUUGGUUAGAGCUUUAUAGGUUAUGGUUAGUAUUUUAAAUGGACACCUGUAGGGCACAGGAAGCCAGUGUAAGGAUUGACAGAGGGGUAAGGGGUGAGAGGAGGGGUGGCAGCAACAUUCACCACAGAUUGUAGGGGGGCAGUACGGCUUCUGGGGAGACAUAUUAGGAGAGAAUUAGAGUAAUCGAUGCGAGAGAUUACUAGAGUAUGAACAAGCUCCUUGGCAGCAUCUUGCGUAAGAAAGGGGCGUAUGUGGGCAAUGUUUUUAAGUUGGAAUCAAUAGGUUUUAGCAACAGACUGGAUUUGAGGCCCAAAGGUGUUAGCAACACCCUGGACAUGAGGCGCAAAGGUGAGGCCAGGAUCAAAAGUGACACCAAGACAGCGAUCUUGAAAGGAUGGGGUGCAGCAGGUUCUGUCAGCCUGCAGCGAGAGUGAAGGAGGAGGAUCAGUGUUAUGAGGUGGAAACCUAAGAAAAUCAGUUUUAGAGAGAUUGAGUUUAAAGGACCACUCUAGGCACCCAGACCACUUCAGCUUAAUGAAGUGGUCUGAGUGCCAGGUCCCUCUAGGAUUAACCCUUUUUUUUAUAAACAUAGCAGUUUCAGAGAAACUGAUGUUUAUAAAUGGGUUAAUCCAGCCUCUAAAGUUUCUAGUGAGAAUGGUAGUGGAUUCAGCGCUUAGUGUCUCAAUGGAAUAGUGUAGAAUAUACAAACAGGCAGCAACCUAAAAGGACGGAGAGAUAGAAAAUAUAAAAAGGGUAUUAGGUCGCGCCAAUAAAUAAAUAAAUAUAACAGGGUAAAAAAGUAGUGUAACAAUUAAUAAAAACUAAAACUCUCUUCACAUAAAACACAUGCAAAAAAUGAAAUGAGUACUUACAAAUAGCAAUACAUACAAAAAGGAAAUGGAUAAACAGUCCUAAGAAUGAGCAGGGAAUAGUGUCGUCCACUUGGAGGGAGGAAACAGUCCCAAUAAAGUUGAAGAAAUGGAUGGAGUGUCUUGUUCCAGGUGGCAAUAUGCAAAAGAAAAUAGGGAGAGGAAAAUCCAAUAGUGUAGAAUAUAUCUUCCGCUUUUAUAUGGAGAUUCGAAGUGAAAAAAUAUCGCACUCACCUAUAAUAGAGCUAAAACUAGCUCGGGUGUGCUUCGCAUUCAGUGGUACUGGUCCCCCACUGGUGGGAUAUAGACGAAUGUACGCAGCAGAGGUCCUCGGGAAAGAAUAGGAUAACACAGGAUAGUGCUCACUGUAUCAAUGUGGUAGUUAUAUAAAAGUGAAAUAUAUAUAAAGUACUCACAUUUGGGUGAGCAGGAAAUACUGCUCACUCUUAUGGCGUAGGUGGUAUCAUCCCCACCUGGGAUUCUUGAACGUAAGGUAGUAGUAUAGAAUAAAAGUAACCAGGUCCAAAAAAUAAUAAAUAAAACUAAAUAAAAAAAUUCAAAUAACUUUAAAUAAAAAAUAAAAAAAAGUAAUAUUAAGGAUAAAAGGUAAAAUAUAGGCCAAUAAUCCUUUAUUAAUAAAAUCUAAGAUAGUAUAAGAAAUAUAAUAUAGCCAAAACGCGUUUCGCCUCAAGGGCUUUUUCAACUGGCAUUAAGAAACAGAGACCUGGUUCACAAUGAUUUAAAUAACCUUUAGGUUCAUUGACAAUUUCAAAAUUGGCGCCAAAAUGACGUCAUAAUUUAUGCAUAAAAUAAUAAUUUAAUACAAUUAUAAAAAAAGUUAUUUUAAUAUUGCUAAAACUUCAAAAGGUUGGUAAUGGGCUAAAGAACAUAUAAAACGUAUAAAAUAAUGAAUAUAAAAAACACAAAUAGAUGUGAAGUGUAUUUGAAAACCGGAAGUUAUAAAAGUUUGCGGUCAUGUGACCGCAAGGCAGCCAAUAGCACAAUGUUAAAGACGCAAUGGUGCAGAGGGGGAGGAUGGGAAAUGUAGGAUCUCUUACUUCCGGGUUUCGGCGGUUACGUGACGCGGCGGACCCAAUAACAAAUCCGCGUCUAAAAACGUGACUGCAAGGGGGGAGAUGGGAAAUGUAGUAAAACGAGCGAAUAGCUCGUUUUUUUAACCAGGGGUAGAGAUAUAUAAAUAAAAACAUAUAAAUGACUAAAAGCAAAUGUAUGUUAUGAUGGAAAAGAACAUCUAAACAGAAAAUAUAAGAAUGAAAAUAAAAUAUAAUAUAAAAAAAAUUAAAAAUUUAUGUGAACAAUAGGGAGGUAAGUAUCCUAAAAGAUAAUGGAUUAGAAACAGGAAAGGAUAAAAUAUAAUAAAAAUAUAAAUAUAAAUAAGGGGCAAAUGGAUAAAAUAUAUAUAGGUUACAAAUAAGAGAGGAACAUAAAAAGGAAGGAGAUAAAGUAUAAUAGAAAUAUAGGCAAAUGAAUGUAAUAUAUGGAGAAGAAAAAGGGACACUGAUAUGGUAAUAAAUUAUUAUAAGAAAUAUUAUAAAAAGUUAAAAAGAUCGAACUCAAGAUUGAGACCUUCUGGAGAAAGGGUUUUUAAAUGGAAUACUCAUUCCAUCUCCUUUUUCCCAAGAAUUUUUCGCAUAUCACCCCCUCUCCACGGGGUGUUAAAUGUAUGGGCAUUGAACAAUAUGAGUAAUUUAGGGAUUUUAUUAUGUUUGAUAAAGUGCUUAGAUACAGAAUGAUUUUCAUAAACCUUAAUGAUGUUACAGCAAUGUUCAGCAAGUCUAGUUUUCAAACACCUUGUGGUCAUACCUAUAUAUUGUAGCCCGCAAGGGCAUUCUAAAAGAUAAAUAAUAUUCUUAGAGUUACAACCAAUAAAAUCUUUUAUAAGGUAUGUUUUACCUGUAUUUGUUGAAGAAAAAUGGGUAGUCUUUGAUUUAAUAGUAGAUGAGUUUGUAGUUUUGCACACAAUACAUCUGUUACAUCUAAAAAAAACCUUAGGUUUUGUCAUAAAAUCCUUAUUAAAAACGUAUAUUGUUUCUGGUAUAGUUUUUUGUAAGAGUAUUUUUAAAACUAGGGGCUCCUCUAAAUAUAAUGUUGGGUCUAUUUGGAAUUUGGUCUUUUAGGAGGUCAUCUUGUUUAAGAAUAUGCCAAUUUUUGUUAAUUAUUUUUUUUAUAACUUUGUUUUUAUUAUUAAAAUCCAAAAUGAUAGGUAAUGUCGGUGGGUCUUUUUUGGUAUUUUUAUAUUCUAAUAAGGCUGUCUUGACUUUUAACUGUAUUCAGAGUAGUGUCUAGUUUUUCUUUUGAAUAAUUGUUUUCAAUAAAUUUAUUUUUAAGCGAGGUGGAUUGAACUGUAAAGUCAUUAAUUUGUGAGCAGUUACGAUAAAGACGGAGGAAUUGGCUUUUGGGAAUACCUUCUAACCAUGGCCAAUAGUGACAGCUAGAUUGGUCUAUUAUAGUGUUAGUGCAUACCUUUUUAAAGAAUGUUUUAGUUUGGAUAGACCCAUUUUGAAUAAAAAUACUUUUUUAUUUUUUAUUUUUUUUAUUUUUUGUCCACUUAUAGGCAUAAAUACUCUGCAAGUCUAGGAGAGACUGAUCUUAUCCAACAGAUAGACGGCACAAUUAAAGAACGGCACAAUGUGUUUUUUGAUAUGGAGGCUUAUUUGCCAAAGAAAAAUGGGUAAGUUAAAAUAUACUGGCAUGUGUAUAUAUUAAUACUGUUGAAUUAAAGCAUUGUUUUUUUUUUAAUAUAAUCCUAAAAAUUAUUAAAAAUAACUCUUAAAAGUAUUUUCAUUCCAGCACCAGAGCAGUCUCCAGUAAGCAGAUUUAUAACCCUACUAUGAUAUCUUAGAAGUUUAAAGGGACACUAUAGGCACCCAGACCACUUCAUCUAAUUGAAGUGCUCUGGGUGCAGUGUCUUUGUACCCCUGAAUCCUGCAAUGUAAAUUAUUACAUUUUCAUAACUAAGACUGCCUCAAUCAGACAGCCACUAGAGGCAUUUCCAGGUGGCUAAGCGAUUUUUGUUUGCCUAUCUGACUCAGGACUUCCUCACGCUCUGCAUGAGGAUCUCCGGCAUCUGUAAAAAUUUCAGUAGGAAAGCAUUUCAGGAAUGCUUUACUUUGGGGAAUGCCUAAUGUGUUGGUGGCACUUGCCUUAUAUGCAAAUUAUCCCCACCGCAUCCGUUGGUGGAGGAAGCAGGGCACCGACCAAGCGAUGAGGGACAUCGGCGCUUGAAUCGGGUAAGUGUUAAAAGGGUUUUUAACCCUUGCAGUGCCAGGCUGGUCAGAGGUAACUAUAGUGUUAAGGAAUACAACUUUGUAUUUUUUUUUUUACACUAUAGAAUUCCUUUAAUGAUUUAUCCAACUGUGAACACACAGUUCAUAAAGAUCCGACAAUUCAUUUUCUUCUCAUAGAGAAGCAUUGUACACUCACCCAGCUGGGUGGGUAAGCCAGCUUGAGCUUACUUUUCAUUCUGACACAGUGCAUAAACUAGAUUCAUUAUUGAAUCUAUUUUAACCUGAAGACCAUAUUGGUUGUCUGAAUGACAGUCAUUAAAGUCAUGGGAAUUGCAAAAUGGAAACUUCGGUGUUUCUUAGAAACCACUUUGUUUUUAACAGCAAGGUUACCAAAAUUGCGUCUUCCUUAAAAUCACUUCAUUAAGAUAAAGUGAUUCUGGUGUAUCGACUCUUCCUCUAAUGUGCUUUAUGUACUUUCUAAGCAAAGGAUUGCCUUUUAAGUGACACCUAGCAGGAUAUUCAAGGCAAAUACCAUCAUGUGACUGACAAUUCUUGAAAAUCAGGAAGGGCACAGGUUAAUAUAGCUUACUAACAGUGCUACUUACUAAAGUAGAUAUUAAAAGUGAUUUUAAAAUAUAAGGGCACAUUUCAGCUAUUUUAGUCUUAAUUUUUCUAAUUCACUUUGAAUUCUAACUGUAUCCAAUAUAGGUUUAAUAUAAUCCGUUUUUUGCUUGUGCAUGUACAGACCCCAGGCAUCUUUCACAUAAAGUGUUGUAUAUAUUUAUCAUAAUCAUCUAUUGUACACUGCAUAAGAAGAUGACUGUCACAUCUUCUGUCAACAAUUGUGGCUAAUGUGAAUGGCAGUACUUUUUAGCUUAUAUUCUGAUCUAGCAUUCAAGCUUCAGUGAAAAGUUAUACCUUUGAGUUUUUCAUGAAGAAUAAAUCUUUAUAAUAAACUCAUAAAAGCUGUGAUGGAAUAUUGUUGAAGAUGUACAUAAUAUCAUUGAAGCUGUACAUAAAACAAAGUAGAGGCAGUGAUCAGAGGAUAAAAAUAUUAUUUAAUAAUAAAGUUUUCAACAAUACUGCUUAGAAUUUUGUUUCCCUAUGUCUGAUUGUUUCAAUCAGUGAAGUCGAGAGACAGAAAUAUUGGUAAAGUCAACAUUUGCAAAACUUGGAUUUGUAUUCUGAGUAUUAUGAUCAAUGUUAGUCUGUCUUCACAGUCCGUUACACUCUAGGCUCUUGUUGUACUUUGGCCUCUAUUUGGACAAAGUGGAAAAAUAAUUCCCAGGGAUUGCUUGCAGCCAUUAUGUCAGAAUUAAAUCUUGUAAUACAGAGUUUGAUGCAGAUUUCUCACAUGCAUGUUUUAAAUAAUGUUCAUAUAGCUUUCAUGGUAAAAAAAAAAUAAUGCAUCUAACAGUCUGUUAUGUCUAAAAGUAAUGUCCUCUGUGUCUGUUAACAUAGUAUUUCUACUUCUCAUUUUUUUAGAUUGUACCUGAACUUGGUUCUUGGAAAUGUGAAUGUCACCCUUCUAAGCAAUCAAGCAAAGUAAGUGUAAUUUUACAUAUUUCAUAUCAUGUCCACAAGUCUGUCUUUUUCACAUUCAGAGCUACAUAGUAACAUGAGAAGGUUAGCUAUGCCAGUGAUGUGCAUGUUGGUCCAAAUACUUGUUAAUAUUGAGUAAUUAUAAAUUUCGCAUUCUCAAAGAAAUGGAGGAGAGGGCUUUCUCUGGGCACUUACGCCAAACAGCUUGUAUAUGGUGUCAUAUUUCUGAGGAUGUCACUUGGGCAUACUAGGGAGCAUUAGCGCUACAGCGAGCUGUCACGGGUAUGUUUCUUAGGCGUGAUUGGAUGGUUUUCACUAAAUUUACUCUAGAUGGCUUUGUGCAUUCAGUCUGAAACUUGUAAACAGCUGCAAACAUGAUGUAGUUUUGUAGCUCUGUGCAAUGUACAUCUAAUGAUCACAUUACUAGAGAUUGUGUCAUCCAAAACGUUUAAGAAAAUAAUAGUCUUAAGGGACUUACAAUAAACAUGAUGGUAACAGGUGUGUGACUGUUUAUAUGUAUGACCGUUCAAUUGUGAAAAGUGAUGUGAAUCUCAUUUAUUACAGUUCCCUUUGAACUCUAGUAGUUGUAAAAAAAAAAAAAAAAACACUUGUCCCUGUGAUUACUAUUUUAAGAAACUUUCUGUAUUUUUAGGUUUGCAUACAAAGAUGAAUAUGAAAAAUUCAAACUCUACUUGACAAUAAUCUUGCUCCUGGGAGCCAUAGCAUGCCGGUUUGUGCUUUACUACAGGUGAGAAAUCACUCUUCUUUUUUGGUGAUUGCAAGUAACACUGAAAUAUGGUAGCCCGCAAUCAUCCAUACACACGAUUUUUAUCUUUUUUUUUAAUAUAUAUAUAUAUAUAUAUAUAUAUAGAUAUAUAUAUUUUUUUUAAUCAUUCCUUUAUUUAUAGCGUGCAAAGAGAUAACAACUGCUUCAGCAAACAGAAAGAUAAGACGUACAAGAUAGUAUUAUGGCAUUCACAUAAGUUGCACAUUUUUUUAUUGUAUAUCAUGCUUAGAGUACAGGCUAAACAGUAUGUCUGAAUUAACUAGUGAAAGGAAGUUGAUAAACUCUGUUUGGUCAUAGACCUGAUGAUAGAAGAGGUAAGUUAAAACAUUAACAUGUCCGUGAUAUUGCUUAGUACAGGCAGCGUGUUAGGUUACGGUCUAUGUGUGAAAAUAAAAAGAGAAAAAGAAAGGUGUGAAAGGGAUAAAACAUGCUAAUAAAACCAUCAAACUAGGACUGAACAGUGGCAAAUGAAUACCCUUUCGCGUCUCUGGAGUCCUCAUGUGGGUGGCAGGCGAAGUAUAUAAUGCUUGGGGUAGUAGUCCCUGAAGUUGCCACUUGGACGAGGAACAGUAUUCCAGGUGAGUCCUUUUAGCCAAUGCCCUGCGCAAGGCCGAUUCCAGCGGAGUACCCGAUGGUGCUGAUGGAAACUGCUUCCAGGUGGGAUUUCCAUGCGGGUGAUUGCACAUAGGUAUAGAGCUUCUCCGGAACAGUCCCUAUAAUGUGUGAGGGGUUUAGGCGAGGCGGGAAACGGCCCUGGUGCUUUGCGCCUCUUGGGUGCCUCAUUGAGCAAAUAUGCGUCGCUUGUACCAGGCCUUUUCAUAUUGAGCUUUCCACCCCCUCAGGGAGUAUGGUGGUCUCUGUAGACGGCCAGGUUGGUACCACUUCAAGGGGUCUUGUGGUCUCUCCGGCGCUGCACGAGUGGUAGUAACGGCCGGCCCAGCUUCGUGUUCAGCGCCAGUUGAGUGCUUUAAUCCGGGAAACUCCCGUUGUCGUAGUCGGUCCCAAAAGGCUGCACAAAUGCUGUCGAAUGUCUCUUGAAAGCUGAGGGCAGUCCCUACAUGCCCUGUGGAGUUGCUCUCCGUCGCCAUCUUGGGUAUAGGAGCUGUUCCCUUUGAUCAUUUGGUCAUGGUUUCAGGUCAGUCCCAGCUGAUAGUAGGUGACUGAGCGUGCCCGGAUAUCCCUCUCCAGCAGCGAGGGGAGGGAGGGGGUGUGGGGGGCAGGGCAGUUUGCCGGGGGUUCUGGUACCAGGGUUGAGGGAUCGGCCCCACUCCUGUUGUGCCAGAAUGCGACUAGGCCGCAGGAUUGUGUCGGUGGGUAUCCAGCGACAGAGGCAGUGUCAGCUGUCUCGAACACUGAGUAGUCGCCCCAGACCUAAGGUAGGUCAGCAAGAGUUGAUUGAGCCUGAUUUGGGUUUAAAAUCCUGCAAGAGAUGCUAUAAUAGCUAGAAGGCUCCUGGAGGUCAUGAAAUGUGCGACUGCUUGACAGGCCCCGCUGUCUCCCUGCAGCCAUUGGAGUCGGCCGGCCUCUCCUGAUCACAUGAUUUUUAUCUUUUAAUUCAUACAGUAAGCAAUUUAGCAUAUAUGAACAUCUCAGCCAUACUGUUAACAUAGCAUUCAAGUUGAUUUAAAGUGUGCUUUCUAGAAAUGUAAUGUAGAAUGUCUGUAUUUCUACCAACCAUUGUAUCCUAGCUGUAGAGCGUAGAUUUUAGUCAAGUACUACUAGCUCUAAGUCUGGCAGUUCAGUUAUGAUAAUGGAAGGUGUCCUGACCUCAGAAGAUAGGAAAUCAAUUAUAACUUUUGUGGUAAUUCUUAAUUCUUGUGGUAAUCAUUAGGAUGAUCCUUCAUGUAGGCAGUAAAUUAGUCAUUUAAUGAAACUGGUUUGGCACAUGUUUAAUCUCAAGAGUCAAGAUCCAUACAAAUCUUAGCUUUUGAUUCCCUAGGUUUUGAUAUUUUGUUGUGCAAUAUAAUUAAUUAACUUUUUUUUUUCUUCAAUUCUUUAUUUUCAUAGUGCAAGGAAUAACACACAUGCUUGUGAUGCCACGACAGAAUUGACAAGCAUAUUGCAAAAUCUUAGGUAGAUACAGUGUCAUGGCAAAUGAAGAAAGUGCACAUUUUUUUUAUCAGGUUCAAGAUAAGAGUGCUAGCAGUAGAUGGAGUAAACUGUGUCCGUGUGGAGGUUAUGAGCAAGCAGGAACAAUGUUAAAGGGACACUCCAGUGCCAGGAAAACAAAUUGUUGUUCCCCCUCCCACCCCCCAUCCCAUGUUGCUAAAGGGGUGAAAACCCCUUCAGUGACUUACCUGAGACCACCACCGAUGUCCCUCGGUGGUGGUUUAGGGACCGCCCCUGCCGUCAGCACAUGCGCGGCCGACGGCGUGAUGAGACCUAAUGCGACGCUUGAGGUCCUCACAUAGCGUGAGGACAUCCAGCGACACUAUAGCCCAGAAAACCUGUGCUACAAACCAGGAAGUGCCCUCUAGUGGCUGUCUAGUAGACAGCCACUAGAGGAGGAGUUAACCCUGCAAUGUAAAUAUUGCAGUUUAUGAAAACUGCAAUAUUUACAGUUGCAGGGUUAAGGGUAGUGGGAGUUGGCACCCAGACAACUCCAAUGAGCAAAAGUGGUCUGGGUGCCUGGAGUGUCCCUUUAAACAUGCUAAGGAAAAUAUCAGAUCUGUUAGGAGGUUUGCAGUGCCAGAGAUGGGGAGGGCACAGUGUCCACACAUCUGGGCAGCACAUGAGGAGGAACUCAGGGCAGUCACCCAAGCUGGGUAUACAUUUCACUCGUUUGUGCAGUUCUGCUGAUCUUUGCCACGAACUCAAGAGCUAGGAGAUCGGCCACCUCUCCUUGUCUCCAGCAGGCCACAGCUAAAUGUCUCUGGCUCCCGACAGUGUACAGCAUUGGUAGAGGUGUUGUAAAGCUUGCCCAAGAUUUUCUGAACUGAGAUGGGCACAGGAUGAGUCGUGGCAGUGGUAAUGCAGGUAUAAAUAUAUUGGUUUUUAACCCAGCAUGCAGGAGCUCAAGUGCCAUAGUGUCUAGACGGCUUGGAGAUCAGACUCUGCCCCCCUCUCUCCCCCAUAUCCUUCCUUUUUGCACAUGCGUUUUGAUCACAUAUGAAUCUAUUCUUCUAAACACAAUCUCUGGUCCAGAUAUUCCAUCUGCCUCGUACGGAAGCCACUCCUAAGAUAUGAAUAGAGGAUGGGGAAGUUUUCUGCUCCUGUCUUGCUAUCAGCCUUCAGGGUGCAGGAGAGGGUGGAGGGGUGGGAUUUUAAGAGACACCCUGGUGCAGUAUACAAGGGCUUUUGUCAUUCUACUGUGUCUGAGGUGCAUCUUUAGGGCUGAGAAGUCUUCUCUUGUGGCACAAGGGUUUCACAGCUGUCCUCCAUGAUGGUCUAGUAUUUUCAUAAGUGUGUAGCAGGUAUGCUAUGUAAUUGUUUCCAACAGAUAUAUUAAUACAAAUUACACUUGCUGUUUCACGAAAGCAUCAGAGCAAGAUGUGGCUGCCUUGGGCCCAGGGGUUCGACAGGGACCCAGAACCAUGAAUUUGCUUUGCCUCAUUAACCAUCUCUGUGUGAAGAACAAAGGGGGAGGGGGCAAGCAAACUGAUAACCUUCCUAAGGUCCUGCAGGAUCUUAAUCCUUCUCUGGCAAGCAUCCAUGUCUUUCCAUAGUAGUUUGCCAUUCUGUCAGAAUAAUUUAAUGGAAUGAUUUCUUAGGGAAAUAAGCCUGUUUGAUCUCUACUAAACCGAAAUUGCUUAGUUCAUGUAACAUGAACAAAGGUUUGACGUGGAAAAGCAAAACUGCAAUUAUCGUUAAAAGAUUGUGUUCAUUACUAGACCAUAGUGAAACUGUAUGUGUAUAUAUUAUGCUCAAACUUGGCUAACAUAGAUUUAUAUUGUUAUCUAAAGGUUUUUUAUUCUGUAACAUUUUUUUAUUAGGAUUAUACUUUAUUUAGAAAAAAAUCUUUUAUACAUUGAAUAAUAUAAAAUAUAGUGAGGCAAAUAAUCAGUCUGUAUAAAGCUGAGCCUCAUUCUUAUCCCCGUUUACAAGAACGGAGAAAGGAGGCGAUAUUGGACCUAUAGGAGUAAUCCUAUGUAAGUCCAAACUACAUUUGAUACCUCAUCUCUACAAGCAAAUAUAAGUAAUACAUACAGUACAAUAUACAAAACAUUGUUACCAAUAUUUGAAUGUAUUUACAUUUUAGAAUAAUUUAUUGUAUUCGUGCAGGAAUAGUAUAACUCAUUACACAUAAUGAGUAAUACAUAAUUUGCGAUAUAUUUCCGACCCUGUCAGUGCUGAAUUUGUGCUGCACACGUUUCUUUCUAAAGGGCUGGUCAUAUGCCUGGCACUCAAGGGGUUAAACAAAUUGUUUUUGACAGCCAUUUUGAUAUUUCAAACAUUUCAGGAGUUGGAGGAUACAGGGAAGGGCAAGAUCAUUAGUCACAGUUUGUAUUUUAUAUUCUCUCUUUUCUUCUUUUUUAGAGUGACAGAUGAACUGUUUAACUUCUUGUUGGUCUGGUACUACUGCACACUGACAAUAAGAGAGAGUAUCCUGAUUAGCAAUGGCUCAAGGUGAGUGUUUAUAUAGAGCAUCCAACAGCUUAGUCAUUCAAUACAUGUGGAAGGCAUUGAGAAGCUUUUAGUCCUUGCCAAUUUUAUUUGUCUUUUCCCCCUUUUUAUCUUGCAUGCAACAUGAAACUUAGAAUGAACUUAACACUAUUACUAAACAUGGGAGCUUGUUAGGGCUGGAUAUAAUAGGAUUUCACUUGGCUGUAAAUAGUGGCUUGCCUUUGUGGAAGAUGCAAAUGGUGGUUGCCACUCAGUGUAAUUCUUACUAAUAGUGUGCAGACAAGUACUUACAUUUAUGUAUGUCCCCUGUCUGCCACACAUUAGGGCCCCCUGACUGCAUGGAGGUAAACCAUGAUACAAUAUAAAAAAAAGAAAGGUGAAGCACACUCAGGUUGGUAUAAAAGUUACCACAAUAUGUCUAAGACAAAGACCCGUUUGUGGGUCGGAAUGUUGCUCUGCUCACUUUGUUUUAAUAAAUUUGCUUGCUUUUGAACCUUGGUGUGUAAUAAAUAGUCAAAUUCUCAUCAUCCAAUCUCUCUGGAAAUGUAAUUGAGUUUUUAUUUCGAUACUUGUUGGAGUGAUUGUAUUUCUCCAAUGUCUAGCUAAACACAUUUUCACUGCAGCCAAGAUGUUAACACAUAGAUAUCUAUUGUACCUUCCUGGAACAGGUAAAUUAAUAUGAAACGGGAAAGCUUGUGGCGUAAGGCUAUAUUCUAAUGAGAAGAGGGUUAUAAGUUGUUCUUCAAUAAAUCUUUUGAUAGGAGCCAGUCUCAGGCAUUCCCACCAGAUGUGAAUUUGUGUGUCUGGAUAGUUUUGGCAACGCCAACAUAAAUUAUCUAAAUUUGUAUCGAACUUUGCAAGGCGUGUAGGAACCAUACGCCAUCUCUGUAUUAACUUGAAGUAUUGUUUAUGUAGACUGAUACAAUGCAUGGCAGUUCUCGUGAUUCGCCAGGCAUUGUUCCAAAUCACAUUCUCUCUCCCAACUGGAAACCGCUUUAGACUUAUUUAAGUCAGUUCUCUUAUUUAGAAUUUUGCCGGUAUAGCAAUUGUUUUAGAAUUAAGUUGUUUAGUAUGAAGUAUGUCUAUUAAUCCUUGAUGACUUGUUAGAUCUGAAGCAAGAAAAUGUUUAACCCCUUAGUGACCAGGCCAUUUUUCAAUUUUAUUACCGUUAAGGACCAGGGCUCUUUUUACAUUUCUGCAGUGGUUGUGUUUAGAUGUAAUUUGCAUCUUACACAUUUACUGUACCCAUACAUAUUAUAUACCAUUUUUUCUCACUAUUAAAUCUUCAUUCUAAAGUUACCAUUAUUUUCAUCAUAUCAUAUAUAAUUUACUAGAAAAAAAAAGUAAAAUAUGAUGAAAAAUAAAACACAGCUGGUCAUCGUGCACCCAUGUCCCAAUUGGAACAUUUCUGAAGCCGGCCAAUGUAAUUCACCCCCGUCAAACCGUAUGUUUUUGAAAAGUAAACACCCUAGGGCAUUUCACAUGGUGGCAUUUCAACACUUUACAUACACUAAUUCUACCACCAGUCUCUGUGAAACGUUUUUGUGGUGUUACUUUUCACUCACACAUUCCACUUUGGGCAUAGAUUCUCAGCUCCUGUUAGGUGUUACUGCCAAAGGACACCCCAAUAUGUGCUCGGCAACAUCUCCAGAGUACAGCGAUACCACCCAUGCAUAGGUGUGUCUGGUUCACUGGGGCGUUUUUCAAAUUUUACAUAUCUUGUUUGCCUAUCUUCCUUUUGGGGGCCUAAUAAGAUAUCCCAAUGUAUUUUCUUGCCAUAUAUUUGAAAAGUUGACACCACGCAGUAUUGUAUAUGGAGUGUUUUGAUGCUAUAGAGGCAAUCAUUUUAGUCAAAAAAGUUGAACGUGUGUGGAGGUAACUGUUCAAUCCUCAUUUUUACACACUGCUUUUUGACUGUGAUUUAGGAGAGCCCGUUAUUGGUUAUUGCAAGAAAACACCCCAGGUUGUUUUCUGCAAGGCCUCCUAAGGACACCCAUGCCCCUCAUGCAUAGGGUAAAUGUAACAAAACCAAAAAAAAGAAAAGAAAAAGACACCAAAAAAAACUGAAAACUGAAAAUGUUAAAAAAUGUGGUAUCAUUUGAAGCAGUCUCCAAUGCAGAGUCCAGGGUGUCCAGAGCAAUCAGGACAGUGAUAUACACUAUUUUUUCUCAGACCCUGCAUCCUUUUGGGGGAUUCUGCUUUGCCUUAGUAGGGAGAAUUUUAAAAAUAAAAUGUGUAGCCCCAACUCUGCUCUCUCCCAUCACCGCCCGGGGAGCAGGUGCAUCACGGUACAAAAUCCCCGAAAUGAUCUGGAGCUGAAACUGUAAAAAUCUAAUUUGCGUCCCGGGGUUUGCUUUUUUUGAACAACAAGAAAACUUGUGGGUUGCAAUCUGCAUUAGGUAGAUUGCAACCUUUUUGUACCAGGCCCUUGUCUUUCGUAUAAUUAGGUAGGGCUGCAGCAGCUGAUCUGCCAGAUCAACCCCACCCAUGUGCCGGUUAUAGGCCUUGAUGCACACUGGCUUCCUUGUUCUCUCAGCUCUGCCACAUACAGGGACCUCCACAGUCCCCUCAGUGUGGAUGGUGGUAAGAAGGUACACAUCCUUCUUGCCUCGUACUUAACUGCCAACAACUCCUCUUGGCGCAGAGCUGAGGUCUCCCCCAUUUGUAGCCGGGUGUGUGCAAGUUGUCCUGGGAAACCUGUGCUGUUCUUUUUGAUUGUGCCGCAAGCUACUGUAUCAAAACAGUAGAGUAGCUUGAACAAAGGGACACUUGUAUAAAAAUUGUCAGUAUACAAGUGGUACCCUUCAUCAGGGGGAAUAUCAGGUCCCAGACAAUCUUGCCACUGGUUCCCAUAUGUUCUGGGCAACCUGGAGGGUCAAGGUGGCUAUCCUUUCCCUCGUACACCCGGAAGGCCUGAGUAUACCCAGUCUCGCUAUCACAGAGCUUAUACAUCUUUACACCAUACCUAGAGCGCUUGGAAGGAACAUACUGCUUGAAUCCCAGCCUUCUCAUCAGGGAUUCAUCCACGCUUAUAUUCCUUCCAGUUGUAUAAGCCUCUGCAAACCUGGCAGCGAAGUGGGUAAUCGGGGCGGAUUUUAUACAGCCUGUCAAACUGGGGAUGCUCCCUAGGGGGACACAGGCUGUUGUCGCUGAAGUGCAUGAAAUGCAGAAUCAUUUCAUACCUCUUCCUCGACAUACAUUGGGAGUAAAUGGGGGUAGAGCAGAUGGGGCUACUGCUCCAGUAGGAGCGGAUGGAGGGCUUCUUUAUGAUGCCCAUCAGCAUAGUCAAUGCCCAGAAUCUUUUAAAUUCUGGCACAUCGAUGGGGGCCCAUUGCUGAUUUGCCAAAAAAGAGUCAAGAUUUGUAGCUCGGAAUUGAUGGGCAUAUAAAUUAGUUUGGGCGACAAUGUUCCCCAAUACAUCAUCGCCCAGAAACACCUCCAUAAACUGCUGAGGGCUAAAUCCUGUGACACCAAAUUAAUGCCAGGAUUUACAGUAAAGGAUGGGAUGUCUGGCCUCUGGCGAUGAGGCACUACCCACUCCUCAGCAGUUCUGCCAGCUGGAGCAGCACGUCUCCUUCUAGCGGGCACAGAUACAACAUGACUAGAUUCAUUACUAGCAGCAGACACUGUAUCUAGUGAUGAUGUAUCUGAGCACCUGGCAGGGUCAAAAUCAGGGUCGGCGCAAGGAUGGCAUAUGACUGCUCAGUGCUGGUUGACUUCCGUGACCCAUGUGACAUGAUCACAAUCACUUUACUUAGUGACCUGUCACAAAAAAAAGAAAAAAAAGAAACUUCUAAAAAAAUGAACAGACAGCAAAAUAAGUGCUGCUGUGCAAGAGCCUGUGAUCUGUAUAGUGAUCACCGGCAAGACAGGGUUUAAUGGCUCUGAAAAGAGCCUUUGGGUCUCAAGAUUUUACAAAUCCCUACCUAUAAAUACCUAAAUCUCUCUAGCUAAACCACAGAUCUCUCUCCCUCUUUCACUAAAACACAAGUGAAGAGAGGGAGGCAGAUCCACACUAAUCAGAGAAAUGGGGAAGUUGCUAAUGGGGCAAGCUGUGAUUGGAUGACCCCAGACUGCCCCUUAUGAUGAGGCAUGCUAGGGACACCCCCAGAAGUCCCAUGAUUCACUGCCUUUAGAAAGGGAGGGGGUGGGGGGUUUAAUGGACCGUUUUUUGCCAGACGUACCUGAUAUGUGCGCAGUCGGGAAGGGGUUAAUCCUAAUAUAUUUAAAUAUUUCUUGUGAUGGAAGGGCAUACCUUUCCUGCAAGUUGGAAAAAGAUCUUAAGGAUUUACUAUCAUAAAGAUCUAAAAUUAUUUUUGUAUCGUUUUGUCAUUGUAUGUAUAUUUUCUAUAUACACUGGAAGAGACAAAAUAGGACUAGCUCUAGUAAUAGGAUUUAAGGUUUGUCCCUUUUCACUUCUCUUUCUAAAUCUUAAAAAACAGGUCAUCAAUGGUGAUACUAUAUGAUUUGAUAUUUUAAGUUGUCUAAAAUGUUCAUAGUCCAGCCAGAGAAUAAAAAUAGGGAUCAGUCCUUCCACAUUUACUCCUUUCUAGAUUAUACCAUCCCAGAUUUUUAUUUCUUUUAAUGUGUAACAUAAAUAGAAGGGAGAGCAUGCAUGUUUCGUGAAUUUUAUGUAGAUCUGGAUAUCCCAGUCCUCCUGAAUUUAUAUUUCUCUUGAGAACAUAACCAGGAACUCUUGGUUUUUUAGCAUUCCACACAUAUGAAGACAAAAGAAUUUCCAUUUCUUUUAUUAUAUUAAAUGGAACUGGGAUCGGAAUAGUUUUAUACAAAUAUAACAUUUUUGGGACCAGAUAUGAUUUAAGUAUGUUUACUCGUCCGAGCAAAGAGAUCUCUAAACCCCUCCACCUAUCUGUCUCCCUAAAAUCUAUCAUCAAAUCCAUGUAGGUUUUCUACAUCGUGGACUUUGAAUCUGAGCAGAGUUUAAUUCCUAAAUGUUUUUUUUUUUUUUUUAUAAGACCAAUUUAAUGUUGUAUAUCUUUCUCUUAAAAAUAGAUAAUUAGAAUUACAAAUAUAAAAAGACAUAAUUUUAGUUUUUUUGAAAAAUUAAGUUUUCAUGUUUUGAAGAUGAUAUCGUUAGAAGAAUGUCAUCUGCAUAAAGGGAGACCAGGUGGUCCUGUCGUCCAACCAUUAUUCCUUUAGUUGUAGCUGUCUUUCUUAAUAGGGCCGCCAAAGUUUCCACUGUAAGAACAUAAAAGAGGGGGGCUAGCGGACAACCCUGACAGGUGCCAUUUCGAAUUUUCACGUUCAAAGAAUUGAAGAAAGGACCAGUGAUCCUUGCAGUGGGAAGCGUGUAUAGUGCCAUAGUCCUUUUAGCAAAUGGACUGGUAAGUCCAAACACCCACAGAGUCUGAGCUAUAAAUCUCCAAUUUACCCUGUCUAACACCUUUUCGGUGUCUAAGGCCAUAAUAAUAGAUGGGGCUUUCUUAUGGUGGAUUUCAUCUAUGAUGUUAAUGACUCUGCGGGUGUUAUCUUCCCCUGAUCUGCCCACUUAAUCGGGAUGUAUUAAAUCUAAGAUUACGACGUUUAAUCUCUGCGACAGGAUUUUAGAAUAUAUUUUUGUGUCUAUGUUAAUUAAUGAGAUUGGUCUAUAAUUAGUUGCCUUAGUAGGGCCUUUGCCUGUUUUUAAAAUAGGUGAAUUAGUGGCUUUGAGCAUUUCUUGAGGAAAUCCAUUUGAUCCAACUAUGGCACUAUACACGCAUUCCAACAGAGGAGUAAUCCUAGGUUGUAAGAUCUGGUAAAAAAUUGCUGUAAAGCCAAUGGGACCUGACACCUCCCCUCACACCCUUCAUAUCAUUAAUUGCGUUCCUAAUUUGUAUCUGAGGUUUAUCAAGUAUAUUUCCUUUUUCUAAAGAUAGUACUGGGGGGUUGUAGAGAUCUUAAGAAAUCUUCCAUAUCUAAGUUGGAUUUAUUGGGUUCGGGUAGGUUAUAUAGAGAUUCUUAAUAUGCUCUAAAAGCCCUGGCGAUAUGGAGAGGAGAAAGACAAGCCACUCCCUCAUUUGUUAUUUGUUUAAUUCUAUUUCUUUGAUCCUGGGCUUUUAAUUUAUUUGUUAGAGCUCUACCUGCUCUAUUAUUUGAAUAAUACCAUCUUUGUUUAAGACGUGUUAAUGUAUAGUUAGUUUGUUCUUAAUCUCUUGUUGGAUUAUCAUCCAACAACAAAAAAAUGCAAAUAAUGAGACCAGCAAUUGUGUGCCAAUGUAUAUGUCUGUUUUUAUAAAUGAAUAUAUGUGAGGGUAUAUGCAUCUCUAUGUAUAACUGGAUGUGUUUGUAUAAAUGAAUGCCUGUGUAUGAGUUUAUGGCUGUUUGUGUAUAUGUAUGUGUUCUUCAAUAUAUGGAGGUAAGCUGCUUGUAUCUGUGCAAGCAUUUAUGUGUCUAGUUUGGCAUGUUAAUGAAAGUGGCUAAUGUAUGAUUGUGAGUGUGGUUAAUCAGGGCUAUGUGUGAAGCUAAUGCAAAUUUUGCUAAUACUGACAUUAGACCUUGGCUUCUAUAUUCUAAGGAAAUCUGUCAAGCCAAAUGCUAAUAUACCUACUCGGUCAUGUUUCAGCCUGCUAGCUAAGGUGUAAUUGAAACCACAUUGUCACUUAGAUAUAAUCUGGUUUAAAUGCAGGAACACUUUACAGAGCUCAACACAAAUAGGAACUAAAAUACAUGGAUCACUGAAAAGAUGUGCAUGGAAAAAUAAAAACAAAGUUUACAAUUUAAGUACAAAUACAUUUUCUAUUUAAUUUAUUGCCACACUGCCUGAUUUCUACCCUUUCUGAUAACUAGCUGAGACAGAUUUCUAUGUGUUAUAAGUAGCUUGUGAAUGAAAUGCUUAUGUACACUAUUCAAACCACUUUUUUUUUUCUUCUUUUUUUUUUAUCUCCUGUAGGAUAAAAGGGUGGUGGGUUUCCCACCAUUAUGUCUCAACAUUUCUUUCAGGGGUGAUGUUAACAUGGUAAGUUAAUUUUAAAUGUAGACUUUAGGCAACUUUGAAGAUAAAAUGAGCGGUCUGGAUGUAAGCAAUACAGUGUGCGUGCAUUUUAUAUAUAUUUAAAUAUUAUCUUUAUACCAUUCAAAACAUGUAAUAGAAAUACCGUGUGUGUGUGUACACACAGGGGUCAAGUCCUGGGGAAAAAAGUGUGGGAACUCACCCAAGAUUCCUGCCCCCCCCCCAAAAACAAAUCAUUUACACUCCUAUGCAUAUAGUGCAGUGCAGGGUGUGUAUAAUGAUGUAGUGUGUUUGUAGUGAAUGCAGAGUGUGUAUAAUGAAUGUAGUGUGUUUGUAGUGAGUGCAGAGUAUGAAUAAUGAAUGAGGUGUGUUUGUAGUGAAUGCAGAGUGUGUAUAAUGAAUGUAGUGUGUUUUGUAGUGAGUGCAGUGUGAAUAAUAAAUGUACUGUGUUUGUAGUGAAUGCAGAGUGUGUAUAAUAAAUGUAGUGUGUGCAUAAUGAAUGCAGAGUGUGUAUAGUGAAUGUAGUGAGUGCAAAGUGUGUAUAGUGAAUGUAGUGAGUGCAGAGUGUGUAUAGUGAAUGUAGUGUGUUUGUAGUGAGUGCAGAGUGAGUGUGUGUAUAAUGAAUGUAGUAAUGAAUGCAGUGUGUGUAGUGAGUGCAGAGUGUGUAUAAUGAAUGUAGUGUGUUUGUAGUAAUUGCAGAUUGUGUAUAAUGAAUGCAGUGUGUAUAAUGAAUGUAGUGUGUUUGUAGUGAAUGCAGAGUGUGUAUAAUGAAUGUAGUGUGUUUGUAGUGAGUGCAGAGUAUGAAUAAUGAAUGAGGUGUGUUUGUAGUGAAUGCAGAGUGUGUAUAAUGAAUGUAGUGUGUUUGUAGUGAGUGCAGAGUAUGAAUAAUGAAUGAGGUGUGUUUGUAGUGAAUGCAGAGUGUGUAUAAUGAAUGUAGUGUGUUUGUAGUGAGUGCAGUGUGAAUAAUAAAUGUACUGUGUUUGUAGUGAAUGCAGAGUGUGUAUAUAAAUGUAUUGUGUUUGUAGUGAAUGCAGAGUGUGUAUAAUGAAUGUAGUGUGUGCAUAAUGAAUGCAGAGUGUGUAUAGUGAAUGUAGUGAGUGCAAAGUGUGUAUAGUGAAUGUAGUGAGUGCAGAGUGUGUAUAGUGAAUGUAGUGUGUUUGUAGUAAGUGCAGAGUGUAUAUAAUGAAUGCAGUGUGUGUAGUGAGUGCAGAGUGUGUAUAAUGAAUGUAGUGUGUUUGUAGUAAUUGCAGAUUGUGUAUAAUGAAUGCAGUGUGUAUAAUGAAUGUAGUGUGUUUGUAGUGAGUGCAGUGUGUAUAAUAAAUGUAGUGUGUUUGUAGUGAGUGCAGAGUGUGUAUAGUGAAUGUAGUGAGUGCAGUGUGUAUAGUGAAUGUAGUGUGUUUGUAGUGAGUGCAGAGUGUGUGUAUAAUGAAUGCAGUGUGUGUAGUGAAUGUAGUGUGUUUGUAGUGAGUACAGAUUGUGUAUAGUGAAUGUAGUGAGUGCAGAGUGUGUAUAGUGAAUGCAGUGUGUGUAGUGAGUGCAGAGUGCAGGGCCGAGUGAGUGCAGAGUGUCAUGGGCCUGACGGUCCUGGGGGCCCGGACUGCUCAUUUGUGCACAUAUAGAUAGUGAUUAUAGCUAUCUAUAUGUUCACCUGCUGGGGCAGACUUGGGGCCGGCCCAGGGGGCCCACACUUUGAACUGUGUCAGGGGCCCCAAAAUUUCUGAUGGCAGCCUUGGCAGAGUGUGUACAAUUAAUGCAGUGUGUGCAUAAUGAAUGCAGAGUGUGUAUAGUGAAUGUAGUGAGUGCAAAGUGUGUAUAGUGAAUGUAGUGUGUUUGUAGUGAGUGCAGAGUGUGUAUAAUGAAUGCAGUGUGUAGUGAGUGCAGAGUGUGUAUAAUGAAUGUAGUGUGUUUGUAGUAAGUGCAGAUUGUGUGUAAUGAAUGCAGUGUGUGUGUGCUGGAAGAUGCGUGUGUGCUGGAAGAUGUGUGUGUGUGUGUGUGUGUGUGUGUGCUGGAUGAUGUGUGUGUGCUGGAUGAUGUGUGCGUGUGCUGGAUGAUAGGAGGGGAAGCAUUUUUUUUUAAAAUUUAUGUGUUUAUAUAUAUAUAUUUUUUUAUUCCCCCUUCCCUGCUUCUUACCUUGCCAGGGAGGGGGGAGAUCGCCUGGUGGUCCGGUGGUAUGGUGGAGAGAGCCAGCCGGUGCACACGGGGGUCCAACACACUCUGUGUUCCCUCUCCCGGCCCUUUGUAUAUCUCAUUCUUCAUACCACAACCUUUGUGUUUCUCUUAGUUCCUCAUCAGCCCCUUUGUGUGUGUCUUUUCUCCUCACAGCCCUUUUGUGUCUUUCUUCCCCCCAGCCCCUCUGUGUGUCUCUUUCUUUCCCCCAGCCACUUUCUGUGUCUCUUUCUCCCACCACGAGCCCCUUUGCCUGGCUUUUUCCUCCCAAACACAACAGACAUAGAUAUACAGGUACAAAUACAUACAUGCAUAAAGGCACAACCAUACAGGCACAUAGUCAUAAAAGGUACACAAACAAACACAGUCAUACAAGCAACCAGUCAUGCACAGACAGUCAUACAGAGACACGCAGACGGUCAUACAGAGACACGCAGACAGUCAUACAGAGACAUGAAGACACAGGCAUACAGAGACAUGAAGACACAGUCAUACAGUGACAUAAAGAUAAAGUCAUACAGAACAAGGCAUACAGACACAGUUAGACAGAUAAAUAUGGACACAGUCAUACAGAGAUUUACACACAGUCAUACAGAGACAAACAGACGAAAGUCAUACAGAGACAUACAUAAACAGACAUAUACUGCUAGUGAUGAGAGGAGGAGAGGGAUGGCUGCUAGUGAUAGGGGGAGAUAAGGGAUGGCUGCUAGGGAUGGGAGGGAGAGAGGGGGGUGGCUGCAUGUGAUGGGAGGGAGAGAGGAUGAUAGCUGCUAGUAACAGAGAGAGGAGGAUUGCUGUUUGUGAUAGGGGUGAGAGUAAUGGUGGGUAGUGAUGGGGAGAAUGUGUGGCUGCUAGUGAUUGGGGAGAAGGGGAUGGCUGCUAGCGAUAGGGGUGAGUGAAGGAUGGCUGCUAGUGAUGGGGAGAUUGGAUGGCUGCUAGUGAUGGGGGAGAAGGGGAUGGCUGCUAGUGAUAGGGGUGAGUGAAGGAUGGCUGCUAUUGAUGGGGAGAUUGGAUGGCUGCUAGUGAUGGGGGAGAAGGGGAUGGCUGCUAGUGAUAGGGGUGAGUGAAGGAUGGCUGCUAGUGAUGGGGAGAUUGGAUGGCUGCUAGUGAUGGGGGAGAAGGGGAUGGCUGCUAGUGAUAGGGGUGAGUGAAGGAUGGCUGCUAGUGAUGGGGAGAUUGGAUGGCUGCUAGUGAUGGGGAGAUUGGAUGGCUGCUAGUGAUGGGGGAUGGCUGCUAGUGAUAGGGGUGAGUGAAGGAUGGCUGCUAGUGAUGGGGAGAUUGGAUGGCUGCUAGUGAUGGGGGGAGUGGAAGCAUCAGAAGAAUAGAAGUGAGGUGGCACUGUUGGACCAAUAAAACACAGAGCUCCACAUGAACUAUAAGAUUUAGCUCUGUGGAGCUCUGUGCUAGAUACAUAAUUAUAUCAUGAAAAAAUAAAUAAAACAUGGCUGCUUACCAUUGGUGGUGUAAGUAGCUGAAAAGAGAUGUUCUUAGCUCUCCCUGCUCGGUAAUCCUCUAGCAGGGUCUGACAGGAAGUGAUGUAAAAUGCCCCGCCCACUGCAGUCUUCACUCCUCAGUAAACUACCGCGGGGGAGAGUAGUGUGAGCAGGCACAUCUCCUGCAUCGUGACAGCCAUUAUACCACCACCAACAGCAGACAGUGCAUUGUGGGCGGCACUGUGCUGGGGACUGGGAGAAAUGAGGCAGCACAGCGACGUUGCACCCCCUGUGAACACCUGUCCUGCAGGAUCACUAGCGGGAACGGCGUUCCUGCUUUGGAAAAAGUGCAGGAACGCCGUUCCCAUGCGUUCCUGCAGGACUCGAGCCCUGUGUACACACCCAUGGAAAUUGUGUAAUUUAUAGGUUGGCAUAAUUGAAAGUAUUGCUGAACUAUGAACAAUUACACCAGGAUUGCCCAGCCUCUUGUAGAUUCUCAAGGUAUUGUUAAAUUAUGACUGGCAGGGAUCUGUGAUAAUCGUUGUUGAGUGAGAUAUGAAUUCAUUCUGGCUGUUUGAGGAUACAGUGGAUCUGUAAUCUACACUUCCAUCCUUCUGAAAACUGCCUUGUAACAUUAACAGAAUCUAGAGGUUUAGGAAUGUGCAAAAAGUAUAGAAACUUUUUUUUGUAACAAUUAGAAAAUAAUGUACAGGAUAAACUUGUUCUUUUCAUUUCCAGUUUAGAGUUCCACUACCUUCAUGAGUUAUGUUGCAUUAAUAUUUGAAAUUUAUUUUUGUUUAAGCCUAACGCAUAUAUUAUUUUUAUUAGGCCCAACGGUCUCAUAUAUCAGAUGUUUCGCAAUCAAUUUUUGGCAUUUUCUAUAUAUCAAAGUAAGUGGAUUUAUAUAACAUUAAAUUUAAUUUGUGUAGUUUCUGCUUGUGAGACUUGAAAUUAAUUUACAUGUUAGAGAGAGAAUUUAAUGGGGAAGAUAUAGACUGUUAACAAACCUCACAGUUGUAUAGUAUUUUUUUUUUAUCCGGUGUUCUAUCAGUCUGCUUUACCCCGUCAGAUUGCUAUACCCCCGUCACUUCCGUGGAGGGGAAUCAGCUGGAUCCUGUGCUGCACAUGGGUGCUAGCACUCCUGCUACUCCUCCACAGCAAGGUCCUGGAAGGUAAGUAAAACUAGUUUUACACUUUCAUUAUAGUUAGUGCAUUCACUAAGCUUAGGACAUGGGACAUUUAGGGUUAAUGUUAGGGUUCAAAUUAGGGGUUAGGAUUAGGGAUUUGUUCAUAUUUAGUGAUAUUUCACUUUAGGGGAAUAUCACUAAAUAGUGAUUUCUCACACUUUAUUGUAACCCUUACCCCAAGGGUUAGGGUAAGAAUAGUGUGAGAGAGGUUAGAAGCACUUACCUAACAGUAAUUUGUACCCUCACUUAACCCUAAAUGUCCCGUGUGCCUAAGCUUAGUGAAUGCACUAACUAUAAUGAAAGUGUAAAACUAGUUUUACUUACCUUCCAGUACCUUGCUGUGGAGGAGUAGCAGCAUGUGCAGCACAGGAUCCAGCUGAUUCCCCUCCGGUGUAUAGCAGACUGAUAGAACACCAGCCUAUAAUUUUUCUUUUUUGAGCUUUAUUAACGAAGAUAAGAUGUGAAGUACACUGCCUUCCACUGGUUGGAAGGAAAUAAUUAUAUAUUCUAAUUCUUUGUAUAUCUUUUCUUCUAGGCUGUGUGCAAUUUCUUCAGUACUAUUAUCAAAGUGGUUGCCUGUAUAGAUUACGUGCAUUAGGCGAAAGGAAUCAUUUAGACCUUACUGUGGGUAAGUGCAAUUACUAUGUAUAAAUAUAGUCUUGGCGUAGAGAUUGUGUGAUUAGUAUCUUGUAAUACCUUUUUUUAUUGGACCAAUAUAAUAUUGGAAUGACAAGCUUUUGAGAGAUACUCUCUUUCUCAAGUCUAAUGUAUUUCUGAGCAAAAAGACAGACUUCAAAGUUAAAUUGUGAAAUAGACGUUAAAACAACAUGACCUCAGACAAUGUAAGGAAAAAAAAAAAGAAAAUAGAUGCCGAUCUUCCAGAGAGUCAUACAUAUUCUGAGUAAGUAUCAGAGAAUGAGGAGAAUUAGUGGGGGAUAUUCCAAGGGGGAGAGUUAAAACCAUCAAUGCAUAUACAUACAUACACCCAUGCACAAACAACAAUACUUAUAUACACACGUAUAUAUUUACUACCUUCUGGAAUAAUGGUGUCUUCCCCCCCUUUCCAUCAUGAAUCAUGAGACCUGUGUAUUAUCUGCUCUCAUGCCACUUUAACCACUGUAUCACAGUUUAACUUUGAAUUAUCGGUGUUGGUUUUCUCAGAAAUGCUUGAGACUUUAGGAAUGGAGUAUCUCCCGAAAGCUUAUCAUCCAUUCCAAAUUCUUAUUUUUAGAUAUAGUGGACCUGUUGGCAUCUGCCUGCCAUAAACUAGUUUUAAUAUCCUGUUUUACCUGAUUAGUAUGUGUGUUCAUUUAAGUGGCAACAGAGAGUAAAAUAAGGAGAUUGCUAAUGUCAAUGUAAGAGCUACUUAUACAAAGGUAUAUUUCCUUUAGUCCUGAAGCUGAGACUGAUAAGUCAAAAUGUUCAAAAAUUAUUUUGCUGGCUCGAUAUCUAGACUGCAAUGCAAGAGAGAAGUUUAUUGAUUGAGAGAAAAUAACGACCAGAGACUGUUUUGUUAAAAGAAAGACUUCAAAACAAAGUAUAGAAGUUAUUGUCUUGUUUAUUAUAGUGUCUUUCAACUCACCAUAAAAUAUGUUUAUAACUAGCUUGCUACAGUUUAUAUGUUUAAGUGGCUGUUCUGUGGUUUGUUUGUUUUUUAGAGGGAUUUCAGUCCUGGAUGUGGCGAGGACUGACAUUUCUUCUCCCAUUCCUGUUUUUUGGCCAUGUGAGUAUUUGUUUUUUGUUGUUGUUCCCAUUUUUUUUUUUUAACUGAGCAGCAUACACUGAUCAGCCUCAACAUUAAAACUACUGAGAGGUGAAGUGAAUAACAUUCAUUAUAUUCUUGUAAUGGAACCUGUCAAGUGGUGUGUGAUAUAUCGGGAAACAAGUAAACAGUGCGUUUUGGAUUUCAUCUGUUGGAAGUAGUGAUGUCGCGAACUGUUCGUGGCGAGCUCUGGUCAGCUGACACAUCCCGGCCAAUCUCCAGCAGACCCUCUCACCUCCUGGACAGCAUCCAUGUUGAAGCUGCCUUCAACAUGGAUGCUGUCCAGUUGGUGGGAGGUUCUGGGAGGGAGGGUCUGCUGGAGAUUGGCCGGGAUGUGUCAGCUGACCGGAGCGAGCCGUUCGCGGGAAGUUCGCGAACGGUUCGCGACAUCACUAGACUUGGAAGCAGAAAGGAUCUGAAUGACUUUGAGACGGGCCAAAUCGUGAUGGCUAGACCAGUGGUUUCUUCACCAGUCCUCAAGGCACCCCUACCAGUCCUGGAUUACCCAUUUGAGUCUAAGGUGAUUUUUUUCUAAAAAAAAAAAAAAAAUGAAAAACUGACACAACUGGGUAAUUCCUAAAUCCUGGACUGGCAGUGCUUUGAGGACUGGUUUUGGAACCACAAAUGAAACAAUAAACAAAUAACACAUUUAAACACAUACAAGUAAAGAAAUAUAUUGGUUUGGAAAAUAUUCACAUACCACAGUUUAGUGACAGUAGGCACCACACCCUGAUGUUUCAGCUCUACCGGUCUUCUUCAAAGAGUGAAUACUCUGUGUUAGCUAACCAUCUAGAUAGAUAGCGAUGUAUAGAUAAACACACAUAAAGACGUACAAAAAUCUUGAUUAGUAAACAAUUCUGGGGUAUAAGUGUGACCUAUUACAGACAAUGCUUCCACAUGCAUAAUGUAGCUAAAUUAACUCUCCCCUGGCCAAAAUGUAUUUCAAAAGACAAACAAUUGUGCAAUAAUACUAUAAAAUACAUGCAAUCAUAAAUAAAGCAGAGUCCCAGUGUCGUUAUGCAUGAGUCAUUAUCUAUCAAAGUAGAUGCAAUUGAAGAAAAAUAUAUAAUGAAUAAAUAAACCAGAUUAUUUUGUUUCCUUCAUGUUAUUAACACUCGUCCAUAAUGCAUUCCUUAACCUCAAUAUAAAAUGAUAUAUUGCCCAUCAAUGUUCUAUAAUAGAAUUAGCACUCAUGAAGGUAACCAUUAUGUGUUCAAUAAGACAACCCUGUUCUUAUUAAAUAUCAUCAAAUAGAUACAUACCCUCAAAAAAGUUAUAAGACAAAAAUAAUAAAGGGGAAAAGGACUUAAAUGAAAAUACAAAAAUAAACAGACCUAGGAAAAAAAUCAUCUUAAAGGCAUAGCUAAUCGUUUAUUAUGGGGAGCAUUGAAGAUUCUCCCAAUAACUCCCUAGGGGAAGAGAACCACUAUUCUCCAAAAGGACACAAACAGUAAACAAAGUCUUCACAUGUGAUCAAUGAAGUGACGUACAAAAGUGGCCUACUAAGCAUAAUUAAUUUAAAAAGAACAUAAACAUGGUGAAAACUUAAAAAGACACAAGAAAUUCAUAGGGACAAUAAGUACAAAUAACCCAGUAUAAUAAUACUAUGUAGAAACAAAAACACUACGACAAUGUGGGAACAUAGGAAAACCAGAGAAUGAUAUUCUAACAAAACAAUGAGAAAUCCCUUUCCACAUUAAGACCUAUUGGUUGUAAUGUGUGCAAUUCAUACAUCCAAAACAGCUCUCGGUUUCAGCCGCCUGACUCUGUUACACCACCUAUUCCAGGGGUCUCACAUGUUCAGUUGCCUUAAACAUGAGUUGGGACACUGCAUGUUUAUGUUCAUUAAAAUGUUUUUCUUCUGGUGAGGAUUGUACAUGAUUGCAUACAUUACUCCGGUGUUCACCUAUCAUGAUUUUUAAAUGAUAUAUUGUUUCACCAAUAUAUGCUUGUCCACAGGGACACUUGAUCACAUAUAUUACAUACUCUAUUGGGCAAUUCAGCAAGCUCUUUAUUAUUUACAGUUUGGGAAAAAUGUAUCCGCUUUGUUGAUCUCCUUGAUGUUGGAUAGCCAGCUUCCACUUUUUAUUAUUAUUAUUGUAGAGGAUGAUGCAUGUAUCAAAUUUUAGGUAAAAAUAGCCAAAGCCGAAGCAUUCUCUAAGCCAGCUAUGCUUUCAGUGCUGCUACUGUGGCCUUAAAUUUGAAAGUCACUCUGUAUUCUUACUCAAAUACGUAAUCCUCAUAUGGGAUUAUCUACCUGCUGAUUGUAAUGCUGGAACCUCCUCUGGUCCAUGCAUUUUUGCUAUUCAGUUGUCCUCUAGCAGAUCCACUCUGGCCAAUCAAUUGUAUUCAAAGCUAUGAGGAGAUGCCAAUAAAUUUUAAAGUAUAGCAUGCACCGUCUUCUACAAUAGAUAAAUGCUCCCACACUGCAGAUGGGUCAUCAUCACAACUUAGUCUCUCAUUAGUGCUCUAAUAUUGCCAUUUGUCAGCGAGGUUUGCUUCUUCUAAUUAAAGCAGUCCUCAUGUGUCAAGAUGGGGUUCUGGCAAGGAAGUCUGAUUGUUUAUUUUUUUCAGCGUCAUUUUCGUUCUCCAUUUGGAGAAUUAUCUGCGGAGCAUAUUAUAAUGUGAAAUGUCCCUCUGCUUAGAUUCUAUUCUUAUGAGCUUGUAUUUUCUGGUGAUCUAAUGUAAAAUGAGAAAGUUUUAAGGCAGAUAAGUCUGCUUUUCAUGCUGAUCACACCGGAACCCCUUUUAGCUUGCCUCGGGUAUGCUGAGCCCUCUUAAUACAUACUUUGUCACAUCCGUGGUCUGAUGUGACAAAGUAUGUAUUAAGGAGGGUCAGCUAACUCGGUCUGAAAACCAGUACAAUGUUUGUAUUCAUUUAAUACAUGUACUUUUGCCCUGUCAGGCUCUUAUCUAAAGGCAAGGAAUUAAUAUGGGUAUGGAAAUAAAUUUGUGAUAUGAUAGAAGAACAGAUUACUUAUCUGGCAGGUGUAUAUAACCUUUGUCACUGUAUUAAAUCUCACAGCAAAAGUGCCAUCUGUCUAGACAAAAAUGCAGUGCAUACUGGGGCAUGUAAUCACAGUAGAGGUUGGCUCUUCCUAGUAUCACAAGCUGUUUAGGACAAUGGGAAAAGUAAUUGAAUGCUCAGAUAUUGCAGCUACUAAGACAGAGGAGACACAAGACUUAACCCAGUGUUAAUCUGGGAUGUCCUGGCCAGCAAUUGUUGUCUAUAUAGAGAGACAUGUACAGGGCAUGCAUUGUGCAAAUUACCCUCUCCCCUAGGCAGAGCCAGUCCAAGCAUUUUGACACCUUAAGCAAAGAUUUACUUUGCUGCCCCUUUAAAACAAUUAAAGGGACACAUCAGGCACCAUCAUAAGGAGCUUAUGACCUUUGCAUAGGUUAGGGCAGUGUAGGCAACCUUCUGCACUCCAGAUGUUGUGGACUACAUCCCCCAUAAUGGUGGGAUGUCAUGGGAGGUGAAGUCCAAAACAUCUGGAGGGCUGAAGGUUGCCUAUGCCUGGGUUAGGGUGUAAGGAUGUCACAUCAUGGUCUACCUGAGCUUAGAUGUUUAUGGCUGAAUCAAUUUGCAUAAAUUACAGCAAUGAUCAAUGCAUCUGCUUGAAUAGUGUCUUUCAAUGCACAUAAAACAAAUCCUCACCUCCUCUGGGUAGCCUUUGUCAAAGAUUUCUGUUGGUGCAAAAUGUACAAUUGCCAGGUUUGGACUGAUUCAUUACUAAAAUUAAAAAAAUCUGCCACUGGAGGUGUCCCUUGGGAACAAUGUAAACACUGCCUUUUCUCUGAAAAGGCCAUGUUUACAGCAACAUGUCUUCCAGGAAGAGGCAGUAGACACCACAUUACUGCUCUUGCAAUGUCCCUUUCAGGGAGGCUAAUAAUUAGCGUGCAGAACCUUUUCACCAACCACACUAAGCUGCUCUGAAAGGCUGCCAUUGUGGAUGCUGGUCUGUGCUCUCUCUCCCAUACCACCUCCUUCAUUCUGUUUACAGACGAAUUUUCCCAGCAGCAGGAAGUAGUAGUCAGGCCUCUGCGGAGCUUGCAUUUAAUUUGCUUCCUCCAUGGCUGGUAUAGGGCAUGGCACUGUUCUUUCAGGCUGAUGGCAGUUAAUGAAUCCCAAAGAACAUAGCAUGUUUAUGGAUAAAUCCUCAAUUGUCUGGGUUAAUGCAGCACAUAUUGGUUAGUAAGAGCUAGUACAGUUGUCCCUACCUUUAUAAUAGAAAUGGUUAUCUGCUUGCUGCAGAGUUACUUUUCAGACUUUCUUGCUUCAACUCAAGUGGAGCUUAGAAUGUCCCCUAACCUUUUCUGUUUCUUGAGCUUGUACAUUUAUGGGUUCUGUCUUCUGGGCGUAGUCUGCACAGGUAUGGGCAUGGCUGCUUAUUUUAAUAACCGUCUUGUAUACAAAUUCCUAUUGCAUAGGCGAUAAGUAGAAAGCAGGUAUCACUAUGGCAAGUUUUGGAACUACUGGAGUUUCACAACAUGUAGGGCUUUUUCACUAAACAUCAAAUGAUAGUGACUGGAAAACAAAAUUGAAAAAUAGACCAAUUUUGCAGUUUAAUAUUCCCUUCACAAAAAUAGUUUUUCAGUGAAUGACAUCCACAUACUUUGAUCUCUGGAGCUUGAACAAUGUUCUGUUCUUGCAAACAAAAGCACUGUAUAAUACGCACCCAUCCUUUGAAAGGAGCAAAGUUUGAAACACUGACAAUAUGUUUCUCUAACCAGCAGGGGGCCAGCUUACAUUACAUAUGUACAAUACCAGUUUGAACAGCGGUUAACACUUGCUAUUUUGCAAAAUUGCCUGUCUUCUUAUGCGCUAGCAUUGUUUACAGUGAAUGACUAAAUUGUAUUAAAGUGUAUUUUGUUUGUUUUUCUAGUUUUGGCAGUUGUACAAUGCAAUCACACUUUUUGGGUUAUCCAGACAUGAAGCAUGCAAAGAGUGGCAGGUAAUGUAUCCAUUCUUCAAUAAUACAGUAAAAUCAUACUCUUUUUCUUUUAUAUUUUCUUGAACACUAGAUAUGUAGGAAUAUAAUGUACAGUAACAGUAGGAAUAAAUAAAGGUUUUAAAAUAGCUUGAAAAUAGGAACUUUCUUUAAUGUUCUGUUUUGUAAGUAUAUACCAACGUGACUGUUGCUAUUGUGUACAUCAGAAUAUGUUAUUGAUUUGAUACAUUCUCCCAUGGUGAACCGAAAUAUAACUUUGCUCCAUUAUUUAUUAUAAAUCCCAGCUGAAAAAGUUAAUACAUAAAAAUAAUGUGCUUUUGGAAUAUUAAAAGGAUGCCUAUUGCGAGGGAACUUAAUUUCCUUGUACAAGCUAUACAGGUUUCCAGCCAUUAAUAUUUCUAGUAUAUUUAUGCACAUUGUUCUGUUUUUUUGUUGUCGUUUUUGUUUUAACAUGAAUGCAGUCAGCGCUUUUUUUUUUUUUUUUUGUCAGACUGUGUUUUUUAUACUUAAAGUUUUUAAAAAUGUAUAUACAAUGUAAACAAAAUGGCACUUUAAAUGUAAACAACAACAAAGCUCGAUCUACUGUAAAGUUUAAUUUUAAAAGUAAGUGAGAAGCUGAUAUGUUUUCUUUGUUAAGCAUAAUAAAUCUGAAGGUUGCUUAGAAAUACUAAUGGUCUAUCUGUUAGAAUGCUUUUGGUUCAGUAAAUCAGAAGGUUGCAAUUGCUUAUAUCUAAUGCCCCUAUUAGAAUGUGACUGCACGCAGUGGCUUAUAAUCCUAGUGACCUCAGAGUAAUUCUUACAAUUCUAUUGAAGUUGUGAGUUUGAAGACAUGUGCAGUGCAUCCCAAAAACAUCUCAAAUAACAUGUUUUUUUAUUAGGCGAUUGCUACUCACAGUCUUGUUUUCAAAACUGUGAACAGGCUAAUGGCAGCCAUGGCAUGGAUCCUUUCAGUUUAUUGAGCACAGUUCCACUCAUUCUUUGAUGUGGGGGUUCAACUAGUUAUCCCAUAAAUCAGGACUUAACAUUUCAAGACCUACACAACUAGUUUGGCCUUAAAGGCAUUAUUUCCAAAGAGGUUUCUUUUUUGUAAAAUUAAGAGGAAAAAAGUCCUGAUUUCAAUAGAUUAACCUUGUUACAUCUAAUCAGCUGUCAGACAACCAAUCCUGUUCCUGUUCAAGAGGCAGAACUUCCCCAGAGCACCUGCCUUGCAAAGACUUCUCAUUGAGCUUUAUCGUGAAGUCUGUGAUUGGACAUAGAAAGUCUGGGUGGAGUUAGUAGGGUAGGGCUUGCAAAGGCUGUAGUCAAGAGAUGUACACCAUUUGCAGGUUUUUAGAUAUAACCCAAUAAAAAGAAUGAAUAAUUAAAUGCAUGCAUGUUUUCAUUGGAGUAUAUCUACAAAACUGUUAUUCAAAUAAAGGAAGACUCCAGUGGAAAUCUUUUUAACCCCUUAAGGACGGCGGGAGUGCUAUGCUGCCCUUGGGGACCUAGCUCUAAACGCCGGAGGGCAGCAUAGCAUGUCCCCGCCGUCCUUUGUACUUAACUUUACAUAGUUAGGUCAUGUUAUUAAUUACAAUUUGCGGGACCUGCCUGACAACCCAGACAGAAAGUCCAGGGAAUUUAAUUUGCUAGCACUAUAUUUAACCCUGUAACUUUCCAAGACACCAUAAAACCUGUACAUGGGGGGUUGCUGUUUUACUCUGAAGACUUAGCUGAACACAAAUAUUAGUGUGUUUUAAAACCGUAAAAUGUAUUCCAACGAUGAUAUCGUCAGUGAAAGUAACAUUUUUUUGCAUUUUUCACACACAAAUGGCACUAACACGGACGAUAUAAUUGUUGUGAUACGUUUUACUGUUUUGAAACACUAAUAUUUGUGUUCAGCGAAGUCUCCUGAGUAUAACCGUACCCCUCAUGUACAGGUUUUUUGGUGUUUUCAAAAGUUAGUCAAAUAUAAGGCUUGCAUUUCAGUUUUUUUCACAUUGAAAUUCGCCAGAUUGUUUACGUUGCCUUUGAGCCUGUAUGGUAGCCCUGGAAUGAAAAUUAGCCACAUGAUGGCAUACCAUUUCCAAUAGUAGACAACCCAAGGUAUUGCAAAUGAGGUAUGUCCAGUCUUUUUUAGUAGCCACUUAGCCACAAACACUGGCCAAAAUUGGAAUUCAAAUUAGUUUUUUGCAUUUUUCACACACAAACAAAUAUUAACACUAAAUUUGGCCAGUGUUUGUGACCAAGUGGCUACUGAAAAAGACUGCACAUACCCAAUUUGCAAUACCUUGGGUUGUCUACUAUUGCAAAUGGUAUGGCAUCAUGGGGUUAAUUCUGAUUCCUGGGCUACCAUAAGUUCUCAAAGGCAACGUAACCAAUCUGGCGAAUUUCAAUGUGAAAAAACUGAAAAAUAUACCAUGCUAUAUUUGACCCUGUAACUUCUCAAAACCCCAUGAAACCUGUACAUAGGGGGUGCUGUUUUACACAUGAGACAUCGCUGAAUACAAAUGUGUAUUUUAUUGCAGUAAGAGCAAACAGUAUAAUGACAUUCACAGUUAAAAUGUCACGUAGAACUUUUUUUUUUUAAAGAUUCUUAUUUUCUCCCAUUUUUUUUUAUAUUUUAUUCAUAUUAAAUUGUUUCAUACCUAAAUAUUUGAUGUUAAAUAAAAUCCCCGUUUCCCCUGAAUAAAAUGAUAUAUAAUAAUUAUGGGUGCACAUAAUAUGAAAGAGGCGAAUUACACCUUAACAGACGUAUAUGGCGCAAAUUCCAGGUUUGUUUACAUUUUGUUUUGAUCACAACUUAUACAUUUGGCUCAGUCCUUAAAGGGUUAAGUUACUCUCCAUUACAAGCCUGGCACGUCCAUGGCACACUCACCAGAGGUGUAUUUUUUUCUUGCUGGGACUUCAUUUUCACUUGCCUAAGACUAGUGGAAUUUUUAUUUUUGGGGGGUGAAUUUUUUUAUGCAUUCUAAAUAUUCAUAGUAAAAAAACCAGAACAAUGAGUGAGCGCUAAAUAACACAGAUUAGCAGCAACCCUAUAAGGGAAUCCCUCAAGAACCCUUAGAAUAAAACACAAAAAAGUAAAAAAUACAAGAAAGGGCUGCGCUUGGAUAAAACUUGAAAUAAUACUGAAAGUCCAGAUAAAAUCAAUGGAUAAAAAGAGAAAGUGUUAUCUGGCAAUGUCCGUUGAAAUCGUAUUCUGUAAUGGUACUUGGUCCAAAACAGUAGUCUUGCUUAUUAUCUUCCUUAUGGACCGUCUCAUAUGCAAGAGAUAAAAACAAAUACAGAGCCAAAAUAGUGUAGUAUAUCUUGAAAAAAGGAAGUUAAAAUGUAAAACUUGAUUGCAAACUCACAUUUAAAAGAGCUAGAACCUGCUCUGGUAUAGAGGGCGUACAGCGGUUUAGAUCCCCGCUUGUAGGAUAUGGAAUGACUUUCCUUCGCGUACUUCCUCCUUCCGUAAUAUGAAAGAUACUCAAAUAAAAAAAGACAGCCAAUAGCGUUCUCUGCGUAAAACUUUGAAUAAAAUAUAUAAAAAUAAAAGUGGAUACUCACAAGACAGGAGCAGGUCAACUGCUCCUGGUAGUUUGCGUUGGUGGUAUAAUCCCCACCAAGGAUUACUUGGAGUCCAGCGAAUAAAAAGGAAUGAUGCCAGGUAACAAUAAUAAAUAUAUGUGUAUAAAAAGAUUAAAUGGUACGAUAAAAGGUUACCAAAUAUACUUUAAUAUAUAAAAUUACGCUGGACUCCAAGUAAUCCUAGGUGGGGAUUAUACCACCAACGCGAACUACCAGGAGCAGUUGACCUGCUCCUGUCUUGUGAGUAUCCACUUUUAUUUUUAUAUAUUUUAUUCAAAGUUUUACGCAGAGAACACUAUUGGCUGUCUCUUUUUAUUUGAGUAUCUUUCAUAUUACGGAAGGAGGAAGUACGCAAAGGAAAGUCAUUCCAUAUCCUACAAGUGGGGAUCUAAACCGCUGUACGCCCUCUAUACCAGAGCAGGUUCUAGCUCUUUUAAAUGUGAGUUUGCAAUCAAGUUUUACAUUUUAACUUCCUUUUUUCAAGAUAUACUACACUAUUUUGGCUCUGUAUUUGUUUUUAUCUCUUGCAUAUGAGACGGUCCAUAAGGAAGAUAGUAAGCAAGACUACUGUUUUGGACCAAGUACCAUUACACAAUACGAUUUCAACGGACAUUGCCAGAUAAGACUUUCUCUUUUUAUCCAUUGAUUUUAUCUGGACUUUCAGUAUUAUUUAAAGUUUUAUCCAAGCGCAGCCCUUUCUUGUAUUUUUUGAAUAUUCAUAGGCAUGAACAGCUCAUUAUUUUAGGGUAUGCACUCAGAGAAAAUUACAAUUUAAACAUUACUUAAAAAUAUACUAAUUUGAAAUACACAUUUACACAAGUAAUAAGCUGUGUACAGAGGUAAACUAUUUCAAACUGUGACAGAAGUGCCCAUAGAGACCAAAAUGGGACAGGACAUGGAGGAUGAUUUGGUCAUGUAUGAGAACCUGACUUGGCUCACCUCCUGCUCACUGCUAUGCCUAUAUAUUUACAUCACUCUGUUGUCUCUUUCAAUUAUAUUAUUCCAAAGGCGUCUACGCCAUUUAAUUAAAAUAAUUGUUAUAUAAUACUUCCUGCGCAAUUCCUCUAACAGGCACAUUGAAUGAGCUUGUUCACCAAGGAUCAGUUGGGGAUGAGUUAGUGUAUGUAACCUGUUCCUGGGUACAUACAAAAAUUAAAUAUGUAUUCUUGUUGCACUAUAAAUCAUGAACUUAUUUGUUUUUUUUUAUUUCCUCCUUUAGUUAUGGGGUGGUUUUAUACCACUUGUCAAUCCAGCCCCAUAAAGUGUUAGCUCGUAUAAAUAUGAUGCUUAAUUAGCCUAUUACCAGAAUCUAUGAAUCAUUCUUUUCAUGUAAAUCGAACAGCAGCUAAGUUUAUCAAAGGUGCAUUGUGGGUGAGGCUCAGGAGAGGCCACAGUCUGCACAAGCACUCAAGACACACCCAGCUAAUACAAACAUUCAGAGGUGACACUGUAUUUAAACUUUCCUAAUAACCGCUCAUCAUCAAAACUAAACAAAAACUCAGUAUGCAUCCAUAAGGCAAAAUUGUUAGAGAGACACUCUAAGCACUUUACAUCUGAAUGACGGACAUCCACUGGAGCAGGGGUUAGCAACCUUUGGCACUCCAUAUGUUAUAGACUAUCCUAUAUGGGAUAUUUAGCCCACAACACCUGUUAUGUCCUCUUGAAGGUGAUACCUCCUGAUCCAUCACUGCUGCCACACAUUUCUGCUAAUCUACACAAGAUAGCAAUUAUAUUCCUGCCAACACUAUCUCUAUGGGGGCCUUUAUUGUGGAGAGGUAACCAACCCUGGAUGUGGAUAUGACAGCACCUUAUACUUAGUGGACACUGGGCACCUCUGAUCUUCUUCCUAGCAGGAGGAGGGUGAUCCAGAUUCAUAACUUAUGAAAAAUUCCUUUCUGCUUAAUCCAAAAUCAAUGUCCUUUAAUAGAUUUCUACUGCCAUAGGCUUUCAGUCAUUGGAAUCUUGUAGAUGAUUUAAAGGGAAACUAUAGGCUAGGAAUACAAAAUCGUAUUCCUGGAACUAUAGUACCCCCCCUUCCUCCUCUCCUCUCAAUCGCAGCACAGAAAGGAUUAAGAAAAAAAACCUUCAUUCAGGGGGCAGAAUAAAGGUAACAGUUAGCGUGAAAUCAGCAAUUUCACUAGCUAAACUAUACUAAUUUCGACCUACAUAAAGUUAUUACGAGAUGGGGAAAAAAAUCUAAACACCAGGGAACCGUAAAACCCACAGGGGCCUGUGAUAUUUGAGGACCUUUUCUUUUGUCCGAUUAAGGCCUCAGGAAUCCCUGUGCCAAAAGAAAAUGGCAACACAACCUCUGCCUCCUGCUAAGAACAAGCGUUAGAUGAGCUGGAUGAAUUUCCAAACACAGGGGGAUUACACCAUCCCUCCUCUGACGAGGAAAAUGAGCUGCCCCCCACUAAAGGAGAUAUAAAAUCCCUUCUCCACCAUAUUCACACGAUGUUUCCCAGCAUCUCUUGGAAUUUGUGAAAACCACCCUUAGGUGAAGAGCAUUUUUGUUUUCAAAAAUGGUUAAAAGGAAGAAGAAAUCCAUCUCUGUUUUAUAUGUAAACAAGCCAUUAGUACCAAAACCCACUAGACUUUCAUGGCGUCCUUCAUACUUACAGUAGCUAGAGAUUAAUAAAACACCAUCACUCUGAGGCAUCUUUCAAAUAGAUCUAAAUUGAUUUGUUUUGAAAUGGCUUUGUAUGUGACUCUAUAAACAUAUAUGUUCUCAGUUAUUCUACAAACUAUGCUGGUCUUUAAACACUUUAUACAUCAUUGGAAUGUCUUGCUUCUUUAGCAUUGGCAGUAUUCGUUUUGUUUGCACAUAUUGCAGUAGAUGGGAUGUAAACAAAUUAAUCUAAACUCUAUGCUUGUUUCAAUCUACAGGUUUUCGUGCUGGCACUCACCUUUCUCCUCCUCUUCCUUGGUAACUUUCUGACUACUUUGAAAGUGGUUCACACUAAAUUUCAGAAGAAUAAACUGAAGAAGCCAUAACACUUUCUUCCACUGGACUGUUUGACUUUCAUUAUGGCUAAGCUAAUCCACUCAUCUUGAAUCACAUACCAAAUGGCUGGAGAAGACAUAAGUGCCCCCCUCUCCUGGAUGCCACAUUGUCUAUUCUAACAUUCAGUAAUAUGAAGUGUUGGUUAAAAGACUGGGUUUGAGCUGCUGCUCCCUAUUUCUCUCUGGGAGAGAAAUGUCCUACCAAACAUUUUUAAGCGUCUUCUGCAUUGUUUUUACUCGUUCCCUCCUGAAUGAGUCCGCAACACAAUGCCACUAGAAUGGUUAUAUGUAUUUACAAUUGUCUUUAUAUAUAGCCUGCAUUGAUGGUAAAAAUCACUACUUUUAAUACAGGCUGUUUAUCUCUUGUCUGUACAGGAUACUGCCAUGUUUUCUUAGUAGUACUUGCAUGAUGAUACUCCUUACUGAUAAGGCGGUUCAUUAAUGACCUGUAGUGAGAAAUGCUGGACCGGUUAGUACGAGAAUCCCAAAGGAUGGAGUUGAACAGCCUUGCAGUGUAAUUUUUAAUUGAUAUUUUUUUUUUGUUUUCUAUCCUCUUUGAAGGGGUUAGUACAUUUUUAAUAUUUACAGCUGGAAACUAUGUAUGAAUAACGUCCCUACAGCAAAGGGAGACUGCCUUUUAAUUACACUGUAUGGUCAUACAAUGUUUACAUGAUAAUGCAGAAACUGUUGGACAAAUGUCUGUCUGUAUGGGAGGAAUGAAAAUAAACUUUCAACUACAGUGCAUUUCCUUUGAUAUGUGUUGAACAAAUUAUUUGUAUAUGUGUUUGUAUAUCAGGGCAUUCAGAAUAUAUUCAGUCCGUUUCAUUGUAUUUUCACCUUUUUUAUGUUGCAG